AUGAAGGGGGCCACCAGGCCGUGGAGCACGGCCCUCUCCAAGCAGGGGUGCCAUGGGACAGAACGAGGGAAACCUCUGCCCUCCGCCCCCAUCGGCAUGAAGACCUCCAAGUCAUCCACCUCCCUCGCCUUCGACUCCCGGCUCAGCAAGGUGGGUUUCAGGCUGGUCGUCUGCUCCAGUCUUGAGGUCUAGACACUUGCUAAACCCUCCGCUUGGCCGUAAAUCCCGUGCUGCCAGCAGGAAGCGUCAAAUCGUGGAGCUUCGCUCGACCAAAGCUCCUUGGAAACAAAAGAGGGAGGUUGUUACGGGACAUCAGAGCUUUGCGCAGAGACUGGUUCCAGAAGCGUAAAGGUCAGGAAGUCAGCUCCCCUUUCUUCUCCCUCCCACCACCCCACAAAAAAGGCAAGCCAGCCCUGAGCUGCGGGAGAAGCCGUGCCAAAGACGUCAAGCCCUUCAGAUGUCUCCCUCCCUUCAGCCAGUCAGUGGCUUGGCUACCAGAGAGGCGGCUGUCUUCCAGCUGCGCCUGCAAACCCCACAUUUUUGUGAGUUGGCCCAAGAGAUGAAAGGAGGGCGAUGGCCUGGAAUGGGGAGGGAAGGAGCGGUUUGAUGCCGUCGCUGCAGCAGCCGCAGAACUCGAGAGCCUGUUUUUUUUAAUUUCCCCUCCUGCGUCUCUGGCUGUUUGGGGAAAUCGUUCUCUGGUUUAUCAUUCUUAUUAUUUCAUUUUAUUUCUUUUCUUUUCUUUGAAAAGAGGUGCUUAAAUCUCCUGCUUCAAAGAGAGAGCCGUGUGGUCUGUCAGGUGGGAUUGAAGUUUUCCAGGUGUCCCCGUCAUGGGGGGCAAAUGAGGUCAAGUCCUUGAUGGCGAUGAGUGGAUGAGUGGAGAAGAAAAGGGUUACUAAAUCAAGGCCACACAUCCUCCAAUAUUUCUCCAAUGAAAAUAGGGAUUCCCAUUAUUAUUAUUGUUGUUGUUGUUGUUGUUGUUAUCAUCAGUGCUUUUUUUCUAAAAAAAUGUUUGGGGUACUCACAUUUUUACUCAAGAAAAUCACCAUUUUAUAGUUCAAAUUGGGGGGAAAUAAAUACAGCAAAUGGACAAAAGUACAAAGAUUCACAAAAUGUUUAGGGGUAUGUGUACCCACAGAAAAAAAAGCACUGAUUAUUAUUAUUAGUAGUACUAUUAUUAUUGUACCCUGCCCAUCUGACUGGGUAGGCCUUCCACUCUGGGCAGCUUCCAACAUAUAUAAAAACAUAAUAUAACGUUAAACAUUUUAAAAAACUUCCCCAUACAGGGCUGCUUUCAGAUGUCUUUUAAAAGUUUCGCAGUUACUUCUCUCCUUGACUCAGGGGUCGCAUGGCUCUAUACCAUCCAACAUUCCUCAAAUGAAAAUAGGGAAGUCCUAAGGAAAAGUGGGACAUUCCUGGAUCAAAUCAGAAACCGGGACGGCUUCUGUAAAUCUGGGACUGUCCCUGGAAAAUAGGGGCACUUGGAGGGUCUGCAUCUGCAUUCUCCAUUUAAAGCCCUCUGAUACCACUUUAAACAGGCAUGGCUCCCCCACCCACCCAAAGGCUGGGUCUCUAAAGGUCUCGAUCCGGCCGUGCCACCGGGCCCUGGACCACUAUUCCAGCCCUGCCUGGUGGCCACAGCUAAGAAGGCCCUGCAGGGAUGGGCGUGUGGGAAAUCUAAGCUGAUGCCUCUUCCUCUCAUCUUGGCUCCAAAGCGCUCUGACCCUCUCCUCUCUUGCAGCUGAAGAGAGCCAGCAGCGAAGACAUGCUCACAAAGCCAGGCGUCAUGGCAGCCUCAGGAGGCUCCCGGCUGAAGAAGACCAUCACCACGGGGGCCAUCUCCGAGCUGGCUGAGAACCGUCUGCGGCCUGCCUCAGGUAGGGGAAGGGGUGAUGAAAGCUGGGCGUGGGGUCUCCAGCCAGAAAGCUAAGGCAACCCUCUUGCAACUCGCUUUUCAUUGCAGCGAUAAGCUCAUCUGGGGGAGAAUUUAAUGGGGAGAAUGUGGGGGACCCAAGGCUGGGCGGGGCAGAAUGCUGCCAGCAAGUUCCUCCUGGAACUACAAUUCCCUGUGAAGAAGGACUGACAGUUGAAACUCUCCUGAGGUUGGUAGCCUGGAGAGUCAGGGUUCCCCUUAACAAACUACAGCUCCCAAGUUUCCUUGGGGGAAGUGGCGCUAAGCUGAGUCCAAGACCACACACAAGCCAUACGUUUAAAGAGCUAUGAUACCACUUUAAUGGUAGAGUGGUUUCAUAGCCAGUCCCUCUUCCCAGGGAACUCUGGGAAUUGUAGCUGUGUGGUAAGGGAAGUGGGGAGGUCUCCCAACAACUCUCCGCACCCGGAACCAACUACAACUCCCAGGAUUAUUUGGGGGGGAAACCAUGAUUGCUUUAAAAUGGCACUUUAAAUGCAUGGUGUGAAUGUGGCCUCACUGUAAGGCCUGUGUCCCUCAGGUAGCUGUUGAAAGGAGAAAUUAUUCUGAGUUUUUGCAGCUGACUUAAAGAUGCUUUGUGGGGCGGGGGGGCCCUGUUGUUUUGGUGUGGGGAGCAUGGUUAAUGCUGCUUUGAACACCAGCAGCCUUUUGAGCGUUUGCCUGGCAUAUGACGUGUUAGAUACAUAUGUGCAAGUCAGUGGAUAUCUUAACCCCUUCCCCCCCCCACCACCAAAAAAACACACCCGUUAACUGUCUCGGGAGGUAAAAAUGACUACCAGGCUUUGAAAAAGCUGGUAUUGCUGGAUCAGGUUUGUCAGUUUUGUUGAAUUAAUUAAAUUCUAAUUAGAUUUUGAAAAAAAUGUGUAAUCAGUUGCUUCCGUUUUGAAUUUUACUGUUUUAUUAUCUCCCUUAAGUGGGUUGUGCAAAUUCUGAAUAAUGCUUUCUAUAGGGUAGAGGACGCUGGGGGUGAGUUUAUAGAAACAAGGGUGGCGGUGCCCCAGAAAAGUUGUGGAACAACUACCCUAGAACUUCCUAUCACUGGAGACUGGUUAGCAGGGAAGGACGGCAGGAAUUGACGUUUGGAGUUUAUUUUUUGCUUGUCUUCAAUGGGGCUCUGCUAUCAGGAUUUCCUGUGCUCCCCACCCCUGCGUUAGUUAUGCAGUCUAACCACUGGAGGGCGCCAGCGGUCAGCCCAAAUAGGUGAAAACCUGACUGCAAAUGUUGUCUUAGGCGAGAAUUCUCGGAGAAUCUGAUGGGAAUGGGAGCAAAAAUUACCCGCUCAUUUGUCCCGCGCCCGGAAUUGGGAUCAGUCUGUCAAACACCACUGCGAUUUGCGGUUGCUGCUGGAAGGUCAUCAGCUGAGGGCAACGCUUCGCACAUCUGAUGAAGCAGGCUCCAGUUUGCGAAAGUUUUAAUGCCAUAAUGACUUGCAAGAUCUCCUUACACAUGCACCCCAUAUGUGCCCAGUCGACCGCUUUGCUCUGCGGAACUGGCACCAGUGCAUCUGUGGCAUAACAACUGUUGUGCAUUUGUAAGGAAUUGUUCUUUUUAGUGCGGCAGCACCUGCACUUUGGCACUCCCUGCUGCCACUGUCUCCUGCGGGAGUGAGUUCCACAGUUGAACUAUGUGCUGGGUGAAGAAGGGCUUCCUUUCUCUGUCCUGAAUCUUCCAACAAAUGGUCCAAAUAAAGAGAGAGAGAGAGAGAAAAAAGUGCACCAUAUCGGUAUGGCUUAGGAGUGGGAAAGGUAAAGGGACCCCUGACCAUUAGGUCCAGUCGUGGACGACUCUGGGGUUGCGCGCUCAUCUCGCUUUACUGGCCGAGGGAGCCGCCGUUUGUCUGUAGACAGCAUGACUAAGCCUCUUCUGGCGAACCAGAGCAGCUCACGGAAACGCCGUUUACCUUCCCACUGGAGUGGUACCUAUUUAUCUACUUGCACGUCAAACUGCUAGGUGGGCAGGAGCUAGGACCAAACAAUGGGAGCUCACCCUGUCUUGGGGAUUUGAACCGCUGACCUUCUGAUCAGCAAGCCUAGGCUCUGUGGUGCCUUGCCACAAACUUCACAUUUCAAGCAUGUGAGUGUGUGCGUUGGGGGGUUCUGUGCUGUCUCCUAGAAAGCUUUGGGCGCUGGUCUUGCAGUCCAGACAUGCCUCACCCACUAACCCGGCGUUUGUGUCUGAGGAGCUGGUGCCUGUUCCCUAGGAGGCUGGCUGGCUAGCCUGGUAGGGCCAAGGCUCUGGCAGCAAACAAACAGGCUUUCUGGCAAAGCAACCUUGGCAGAAUAAACAAACCGCCUCCCUGUAUGUUUGCAGGGAGAGAGACGGACUGAGUGGUGUUGCUGUUUUAACAUCACUUGGCAUAAAUGGGCAUCUCUGUACUUUCUUUCUGUCAUGCCAACAGGGCCCCAGUGGAAUCCGGGCUCAGUAACACCUUUUGUGGGCAACUCUCAGGGCCUUCCGAGUGAGCAAAAGUCAGGGAAGUCAGCAUCCUUGCCUUUAUACCAGGACUGACCAAUCCGGAGGUGCUGUACUGCCUGCCCAAUAGGAACAGGCAAUCUUGGGUAGCCGUAUUUCCGUUACUUGCCUCAAGGUGAGGCCUGAGAUCACACUAGCAAUGCUGGGUUUUCCAGCAAACCCGAUUCCUUUCUCUGAUAACCUAAACCAGUCUUCUGCAACCUGGCGCCCUCUCCAGAUGCUUCAGACUCAUGAGCGCUGUAGUCCAAAGCUUCUGCAGAGGAAGCAGGAGGCUGCCCUAAAGCAACCCUCAUCCAAUUUAGCAUGACUGCAAUAUUUAGUAAACAACCAUUUUUAAAAAAAAAUUAAAAUGCCAUAUUUUAAUUUUAGCAUCCUGUACUAAUGCUGCAUAAACCUACCCAAUAACUCGAUUUGAAAUCUUUAUUUAUUUAUUUUAAUGUGGGGGAGACUCUUUGAACCACCCUCUGAUGUGGUGAAAAUAUUUUAUGCCGAAGCUUCAAAGCUUAACUUCGAAAUAUGUGCAAGGUUUUGUGAGUGUUGUGUGUUUUUUUACUGGCGCGCUUGUUAAGCAGUUUUAAGACCUGACCGCUCAGUUAGCUUGCAGCUCCCUCAGAUGUUUGCUGAAAUGUGGGGUGUUUUUGCAAAGUGAAACGAGGGUGAAACAGCCCUGGAGUGGGGCGGGAAAACACGCUGCCGCUUCCAAAAAACCUCAGUUCAACACCGCUGCCCCUUCUCCCAGGAGCCGCAAGUCUCAGAUCAGGGGUGCUCGCAGUUGGACCAGGUGGGCCACCAAAGCCCUGCCUCCUCUGCAAACCUGGCUGACUGGUUUAUGUAUUUAUUUAUUAUCUAUGCCUGACUUUUCCUUUGAUGCUUUUAAAAGAGUAUUGGACAAAUUCAUGCAGGAGGAGUCAUAGAGUUGGAAGGGACCCCAAUGGUCAUUCACUUCUACCCCCCACAAUGCAGGAAUCUUGCUCCAUCUUCCAUGUCACAGCCCUUCGGUUAUUUGAAGAUGGCUAUUGUAUCGUCUCUCAAUCUCCUCUUUUCCAGGUGAAACAUAUCCAAUUCCCUCAACCGUUCCUCAUAAGGCUUGGUUUCCAGACCCUUGGUCAUCUUGGUUGCCCUCCGGUUCUGCACACGUUCCAGCUUGUCAACAUCCUUAAAUUGUGGCACCCAGAACUGGACACAGGAUGGCCAAGGCAGAAUAGAGUGGGACUAUGACUUCCCUAGGGAUGCGGGUGGCGCUGUGGUCUCUAAACCACUGAGCCUCUUGGGCUUGCUGAUGGGAAGGUCAGCGGUUCGAAUCCCUGCAACGGGGUGAGCUCCUACCUGUCCCAGCUCCUGCCAACCUAGCUGUUCGAAAGCACGCAAAAAAAAAAUGCAAGUAGAUAAAUAGGUACCGCUCCGGCGGGAAGGUAAACGGCAUUUCACCAGAAGCGGCUCAGUCAUGCUGGCCACAUGACCCAGAAAAACUGUCUGAGGACAAACGUCGGCUCCCUCGGCCUGUAAAGCGAGAUGAGCACCGCAACCCCAGAGUCAUCUGCAACUGGACUUAACUGUCAGGGGUCCUUUACCUUUACCUUUUUAUGACUUCCCUUGGUCUGGACAUUAGGCUUCUGUUGAUGCAGCCUAGAAUGGAAUUAGCUUUUUUUUACUGCUGCAUCCUCUGUUGACUCAUGCUAACAGCGUGAUGCAGCAGCAAAAAAAGCUAAUGCUAUUCUAGGCUGCAUCAACAGAAGUAUAUAUCGAUGGCUACCAGCCACAGUAUCUUUGCUCUGCCUCCAUGGCCGGAGGGAGUGACGCUUUUGUGGAUAGUUGUUCCACUUGUAGGUUUCCCAUUAAGAGCCUAAAAAGAUACGAAGAGCCUUUGCCCAACCAUCCUGAGCUUCUUAAAGGAAGGGGUGUGAUAUAAUUACGCUGUGAACCGCCCUGAGAUCUACAGAUGAAGGGUAGUAUAGAAAUUUAAUAAAUAAUGAUGGUGAUAAUUACUUACUGGUGAUAACUUUUCAAAUAUUGCUAUUCAUUAUAUAUUAUUGAAAACCACAAAUUGCAUUUUUAUCCUGCCAUUUGUCCAAUGAGCUCGAGGCGGCGUUCAAACCCUCUUCAUUUUAUCCCCACAACAACCCUGUGAGGUAGGUCAGGCUGAGAGGCAGCCCGAGGUGAGCGAGUCCUCAUCUCCCAGGCCCUAGCACAGCACUCUAACCAAUACAUAAACAAUUUCCGUUUUUGAGAUGCCGUUGCUUUCCAGUGCUUGAGACCCCAGAGCAAGUUGAGGAGGGGACUCCCAGUUAGCAGAGCUGGGGGAGGAGGCAGCAGCCUUAAUUCCACCCAGGAUUCUUUUGCCCCCCCCCUCCCAAACUGGAGGAUUAUUUACAGUCUGGGACACCGGGAUCAGAACGCAGCCGUCAAGGUCACUCUCCUGCAGACGCAGGCAAGGCUGGUGCCCCAGGGAGGAUUCAACCUUGCCGUUUCCUGCACCACACACACACACACACACAAACACACACACACCAGCAAUAACUUAAAAGGAAAUAAAAUAACUCUUGCUUUCAGCCUUUCGCAGUUGAUCAAGAGCAGGAGGUGGAUGAAUAUGCUAGGUUAUGACUUCUCCCUGUUCCUUGUUCUCCAUAUUCCCACAUCAAGUGUGCGAUCUAAAAAAAAAAAUGUCCUCAUGGAGAUUAAUCAAGGUUCUAGUGUCAAUUUCUCUCCAUGUGCACUUUUUUUUUUGGAAAAGCAGUUUCCCCUAAUAUAAUGCAUUUUUUUUUUUUACGUUAUUUUGGGACACCCGAGAUGCGUGUUUGCAGGGCUCUCCCUGUUCCCGCAACUGUUUUAACUGUUUUUAAUUCAGAAUUUUAAACUCUGCAAACCUGCCCUGUGACCUGCUGGAGAAUGGUGGGUAGUUGUUGUUGUUCCACUCAUAUAGGCACUUUUCUACACAUUAUUUGGCUGGAAAACUGCACUGCAAAAUUUGGAGAAGUGCAAAUUCGUUUCGGUUUGUGUAUCCUUUCAGAAAGUGCAAAUGUGGUAGGUGUGCCUUUAAAUGUGAAUGGCAUCAAAUUGCCCCCCCAAAAAGAGAGAAGUCUUGGUGUUGGUCUGUCUUUCCAUCACUCUUUCAUAGCAUACCCCUUCUCUCUCUGUGUGUGUGUGCCUGGCAUUGCCCAGGAAUUUGUAGAAACCGAAAAAUGAUGAGAGUUUAAAAUGGACAGUGUCGUUUGUGAAUUUGGAUCUGUCCCACUAAAUAUCGGAGGAAGUCGCGCCAAAGUCAUGUUUCAGAACGGCACUCUGGACGAGGACCCCCACCUCCUCAGGAACCUAUAGAGAACAGGCAGGCAGGCAGGCAGGCAAGCGACUUUCGAAAACACAAAGCAGAUAUAUUAAUGAAAUGCCAGCAGCAAAACCUGGAUCCAUUGGCAUCCAAUUUAAUUAGCAUUUCAAUCCCCCUGUAAAAUGUGAACAGGCUCCAAUUAGACCCCAGGCAAGAACUGAGAUCCCCUUUGAAGGCCAGGCCUUGUAAGACCCCCUCGCUUUUUUUAGGAGGGAGGCCUUACCCGCUCCUGCCCCACCAUCCAUCAGGGAUCAACAGGCUCUGUUUCUCUGCAACCCCUCACAAGAAAGCAGGUCGAGGAGGAGGAAGAAGAGGGACCUGGGUCUUUAGGAUCAGCCAGAUGGCCUCCUCGUUCUCCCUUCCUGAGAUACAAGCAGGGCACAGAGAGAGGUGUUGUGUGUCCCCCCCAAAAAAACACGCUCCAUUUGGGGGCAUAAACUGGGAAUGAAAAGAGCAGUUUUCAUUUUCUAGCCAUGUUGGUUGAUUUACAGGCCGUGGGGAGCAGAGAGUGAAAUUUCCCCAUGGCUUACAUUUCUGGAGAAAGGGGCUCUGGCUUUUGAGGCUGUCUUGGCCAACAUCUGAUUCACCCAUGAUAGAGACCCAGCAGGCGUCUCUGGGAAAUCCCACAAGCAAGGCACAGAAGCCACAGCUCUUUUCCCUGAACUGCUGCUCCCAGGCACCUGGUAUUCAGAGGUACACUGCUACUGGACCUGGAGGCUCUGUUUAGGUAUUAUUCUUUGAUAGCCAAAUAGUUUCGGACAGGGACCAGCACUCUGUUGCAGAGCAGCUGCUUUGCAUGCAAAACAUCGCAGAUUCAGUCCCCAGUAUCUCCAGAAAGGCCCUGCCUGAAAUUACGGAGAGUCACUGUAAGUCACUGCAAAAGCUAUGCUGAGCUAGGCUCUGUCUCACAAUAUGCUCCCAUUUAACCCUAUUUAGAGCCAAGAGGACUGAAAUCCUGCUUUACUUUUGCGAGAAGAUAUUGGUGGCGGAUUCCCUGGGGGAUGGUGGUUUAGAAGGUGACUAGUAUCAAAGAAGGGACGCGGGUGGCGCUGUGGGUUAAACCACAGAGCCUAGGACUUGCUGAUCAGAAGGUCGGUGGUUUGAAUCCCCGCAAUGGGGUGAGCUCCUGUUGCUCGGUCCCUGCUCCUGCCAACCUAGCAGUUCAAAAGCACGUCAAAGUGCAAGUAGAUAAAUAGGUACCGCUCCAGUGGGAAGGUAAACGGCAUUUCUGUGCGCUGCUCUGGUUCGCCAGAAGCGGCUUAGUCAUGCUGGCCACAUGACCCGGAAGCUGUACGCCGGCUUCCUCGGCCAAUAAAGUGAGAUGAGCGCCGCAACCCCAGAGUCGGCCACAACUGGACCUAAUGGUCAGGGGUCUCUUUACCUUUACUUUAGUAUCAAAGAGUUGGAAGGGACCAUGUGGGUCAUCAUCCUGCCCACAGCCAUCCCUGCGUGGGAUUCAACCACCAACCUUCUGGCUAACAAACGGCUGCAUGCACUGACCCAUUGCGCCCCCUGCUAUGGCGAUGAUGAUGGAAACAAUAAAUAAUGAUGUUUUCUAUAAACUGUCGGAAUAGCCAUCAGCUGGUUAGAUCGUGGUGCUGAUAACGCCAAGGUUGCAGGUUCGAUGCCCGUAAGGGACAGCUGCAUUAUUCCUGCAUUGCAGAGAGUUGGACCAGAUGGCCCUCGGGGUUCCUUCCAACUGCAUUGUUCAAAUUUGGGGCGAGACUGCAAGCUCCUUGGGGCAGAUACCCCUCCUUCUCCAAAUGCGCUCUGGCCACGCCGCUGCAGCCUUUGGUGCGCUUUUGCGCGCUGCGCUCCCCUCGCUCUCGGAGGCACCCGCGCCUCCCUCCUCCUCCCCCUCCUCGGCUUGCAAUGCUCUCCCGCCGCCGCUGCGUGGCCUCCCAUCCCCGGCCGUGAGUCACCUCGGCGGCUCUUGGCUCGCUGCCGCUGCCGGGAGCGAUCCGCCGCGGUGCCCCGGCCAGCAGCGGCCUCCGGGUCUUGGAGCGGCGCGCGCGCAAGAGAGAGCGAGCGAACGAGCGAGGGCGGGCGGGCGGGCUGGCCCGGCGCACAAUGCCUCCGCCGAGCCCGAGCGAGCCGCUGCCUUUCUGCCGGCGCUCGCAGGGGAGAGCUGCCGCCGCUACCGCCCUCCCCGCCCACCUGGUCCCAUGAAGCGGCCGAGGGGGCCUUAGCGAGCCGGACGAGAUGGGCAACCAGCCGGGGAGACCCGAGGAAGUGGAGCCAGGUCGGUUAGCCGCGGGGAAGUGGGGGCGGGAAGCGAGGGAGGGGAGAUGCCGGGGGGCGCAGGGGGUCCCUCGCAGGUGGGGCUGUGGGGGGGGGGGGCGCCCGCCGGGCACGUGCCAAACAGGAAAAGCGGAGCGGGGCUGCAUCCUGGCUCGCCGGGGUUGGCCUUUUCUCUCCGAUGGGUGUGUGUGUGGGGGGGAGAGAACGGGCGUUAAUGCACCGGAGCCGCUCGCCCUGGAUUUCUGUUCAUUUGCAGAAUUCGUUUCGUUUCGUUGAAUCGCUUUGGCGCGAGCCAUUAGCACUAUGAUAACACAAACGAGGCAGGUAACAUUUGCGCAUAAGAAACGGUUAGAGGGAACUCUCUUUAGGAUCAGGAGUGGAGAGUCUCUGCUCUAAACGAACAGGAGGAGCUAUUGGGGCUCUUGACCUGGGGGGGGCCAAACUCUGUGUGUGUGUAAAAGUGCUUUUAGAAAUAUGCGUGUCUGUGUUGCGCUGCAGGGGGUUGGACUGGAUGACCCUUCAGCCCCCUUCCAAUUCUGUGAUUCUGUAUAAUUAUGAAUGGCGAACUUUGAGAUGAAGAAUGAGUCUUAGCAUCAGUUCACUAGCUGAGGGGUCCUCUUUGUAGGAGAAGCUUGGGUGUUUGGGUGGUGUCAUAACAACAAACGGGGGUUCCCCCAGGAGUUAAGCCCCGCCCCCCCAGUUUUGGCUGUGCACAUUCCUGGACACCUCCCGAAAGAGAGGGGGUGGGGGGGGUAGAGGAACGGGCAUGUGGCAAAAACUGAGGGUGUCCCAAGGAAGAACAGAGAGUUUAAAAUUGGGUUCAGAGCCAGGAGUGUCUGUAAACACACAAAUGGGGGGGAAUCAAGUUGUGCUGGGAUGUGGGGGGCCAGGUGGAUGUCUCUCCUAGGAUGCUGCAAGGUCCCUGGGAAUUGUGUGUGUGUGUUUUUAUGGGGGAGACAAUAACCAGCUGUGGCAUCCAGCUUUUCGGCAGUGGUGGCGCACCCUAGGGAACGGUUACCAGGCCUCUCGGAGCAGCUAUGUCUUUUGUGAGAAUCUCUCCCCUCCUCUUCCCCCCCCCCCAUUGUCCUCUUGGAAGUGCAUCGCUAUGCAUGUUAAACAGGGAAUUGGGGUUGGGGGAGCUUGUGGAGAAAUAAAGGAGUGUGUGCUCUUUCUCCUCCUUUGUGGGUCCACUGAAAAGCCAGCCCCCAAUUGAUGUGUGUCUGUCUGCAAGGCUGGCCAAAAUGAUUCAGAAAGCAGCAUGCCUUGCUCUCUUGCCUGUUUCACAGAUCUUGUUCGAUUUUGAGGGGGGCCCUCAGGCGCUGGUGGGUUUGUCUUAUGCAUACAGGGCCCCCUAGAGAUUAUUAGAGGACUUCUUGUGGGGCGUGGGGGGUGGGGAAUAAGAUGGGGGGGACGGACGGCCUUGCCCUGCUGUAAUGCAAACAUUUUGUCUUGUAGCUAAGCUGCCCUGGGGGAGUGUCCCCCACCCCAGACCCCUUCGGGGUUUCAAUUAAUUUGAUGCUGCUCCUUUAGAGGUCUUUUCGAAAACCUUCUUCCUGCUCAGGCUUUUGAAGUGUGCUUUAAACGUUUUUUAUUUUUCCUGCAAACUGCUUUUUACAGGGGGUGGGGUAGUUUUUUGUGUGUUUUGGGGGAACGCUUCUCUUUUGUUAUUUACAUCUGAUAUUUUGUUGUAAACUGGAUGGGCUGCUGUGUAAACAAUCAAUAGCCAUACCAAUAUUAAGUGGACUCUCGUCUGGCGGUAGGACAUUUGUAGGAGGUCCCCUGGUUCAAGCCCCAGCACCACAAAGUCAGACUUUGGCCUCUCACGUAGGGUUGGGUGGGAGGGUCCCCUGCCUGGAGCCCUUAAGAGCUGCUGCCAGUCAGGGUCAGCAAUACUGCACUAGAUGGACUCGAGGGUCUUAGUACAAGACAGUUCCUUUCGUUCCUGGUAGUAAGAGAUUUUGCCGUGGCUAACCUCUUCUGAGGGACGCGGGUGGCGCUGUGGGCCACCCACAGCGCCUAGGACUUGCUGAUCCGAAGGUCGGUGGUUCGAAUCCCUGCGACGGGGUGAGCUCCUGUUGCUCGGUCCCUUCUCCUUCCAACCUAGCAGUUCGAAAGCACGUCAAAGUGCAAGUAGAUCAAUAGGUACUGCUCCGGCGGGAAGGUAGACGUCGUUUCCGUGCGCUGCUCUGGUUCGCCAGAAGCGGCUUAGUUAUGCUGACCCGGAAGCUGUAUGCCAGCUCCCUUGGCCAGUAAAGCGAGAUGAGCGCCACAACCCCAGAGUCGGUCACAACUGGACCUAAUGGUCAGGGGUCCCUUUACCUUUAUCUAACCUCUUCUGAUGUACCUGAAAGCAACUUCUUUUUAAGAAUAGAAUGAUAUACAGUGGUGCUUUGGUUUAAGAACAGCUUGUUUUAUGAACAACUUGGAUUAAGAACGCUGCAAACCCGGAAGUAGGUGUUUUGGUUUGUGAACUUUGCCUUGGAAGCAGAACAUGUUCCGCUUCCUGUUGAGUGUGUUCCAUUUGUAAAUUGAGUCCCCCGCUGCUGUGGGAAAGCACACCUUGGUUUAAGAACGCUUUGGUUUAAGAAUGGACUUCCGGAAUGGAUUAAGUUCGUAAACCAAGGUAACGCUGUAUUCUUCCCCACUGCUCCACGUAAAGACAGCAGUGCCCGGCCCCAGAAUUUUAGGAAAGAUAACCCCUGAGCCCUCUCCUGCAACCCUUGAUCCAAGAGAAACCGGAAUGUGCACACCAUGGUUCCUACGCCUCUUACGAAGUAGACCAUAGUCCCGCAAAAGCUGAUGCCGUAAGGCAGUUGGUUCUUUUCCUUUCUCCGCAACAGCGUGGCUGCGCCUCUCCCCCACCCCUGGGAAUCUCUGCAAGGGUAGCGCUGGUGUGCCCUUUUCGCUAGGAAAGGGCACAGCAAAUGCCAGUCCUGGCCCUCCCUGAUCCACUUGUAGAACCGUUUGUUGCUUUUGCUGCUGCUGCAAAACAUCUCUGCUGAUUGUGAUGCAGCUGGCAAUUUUGGGGGAAGAAACUGGGGGGAAACAUACUGGGCUUUUGCCAUAUUGUCGUUUUUUUGUUUGCGACCUCACCUUCCCCUUUGCAUCUCAUGGCCUCAUCCUUCCUUCCUCGCCACCCAGCAGAAACCUUCCUCUGCUAGCUACAAGCUGCCAGCCCUCGAUUUCUGUUCUUUAAAAGUAAUGUUUAAACCACUGUGAUACCACAUUAAACAAUCAUGGCCUCCCCCCCCCCCAAGAAUCCUGGGAACUGUAGUUUGUUAAGGAGUUGCUGAGAGGCCUCAUAUUCCCCUCCCAGAGCGCUUCAAGCUAAUCCAUCUUCUCAGGGAACUCUGGGAACCGUACCUCCUUGCUUGAAACCCUAGAGGGCUGCUGCCAGUCAGUGCAGGCAACACUGAGCUAGAAGGACCAAGCACCCGAUGAAGGCAGCUCCUCCUGCACUGCCAACUCAUAAUGAAAAAGAGCAAAUAUCAGGGAUGGAGGGGGCGUUACUGCAACGGCGAGUGCAAGCACCGUCAGCUCAUGGCUGAGGGAGGAGGCCAAAUACUCCGUUGUUUUGUUUGGGGAUGUUGUGGUGUCUGGAAAUGUGUGAGCAGAUGUUCGCCAGAGGGGAAGCUGCCCCAGGGCCCUUCUAGGACGCAAAUGAUGCGUGUUGCACCUGCCCCACACCCUUGUCUCGGAACAUACCUGCUACGAGUUCUGCUGGUCCGGGGAAUUCAGGUGUUUACUGCUGGGGGAAGGUGGGGCUCCUGUUUAGACUAUUCAGGGAAGGGAUGGGAGAUGAUUAUUUUAGCCCCAUGUUCUGGUGCCAAGUGGUUUUCUCUGAGGACAUGUCAAAAGCCCCAUUUAAGCAUCAUUUUGCUGGAAUCAUCUCUCUGGCCAGCUCUCUCUCUCUCUCUCUGUCUCUCUCUGUUUCUCUCUGUCAAAAAUGGCUGAUAUUACAAAGGUAGACAAGCUCUGCACAUGCAGGUUCCAUUGUUACCUGUUGUUGCCUCCAGUAGGCCUUUGCGCCAUGAAUUUGCCAAACCCUUAACAGAAAUGAUCUCAGCUAGCAACCUUCUCCACCGGGCUCAGCAUAUCCCGUACUUGUAUGAAGAAGUUAUUUCCUUAUGCAGGAGAUUUGGGACGAUAACUUAACUCUGUUGCAGGGGGUUGGACUAGAUGACCCUCAUGGUCCCUUCCAACUCCACAGUCCUAUGAUCCCUUUGUUUUUGAUGGGCCUACUCUGUGUAUACCUCAUUUUGAUAUCGCUCCCCCUUUUAAAAAAGUUUCAAUCUAUUUUAUUUGUGGCUUUCUACUGGAAAGGAUUAUAUUAAUUGGCGUAGUGUGGACAUAAAAAUACAUUUGAAGGCAGCCCUGUUUAGGGAAGUUUUUAAUGUGUGAUGUUUUAUUGUAUUUUCAAUAUUUUGUUGGAAGCCACCCAGAAUGGCUGGGGAAACAAUUUGUUGUUGUUAAAUCAUCAUCAUCUUAUUAUUAGUAUCCUGCCCAGCACCUUACCUGUGGUUUCUUUGCUGCCAAUAAACCCACAAUCGGAAACCUUGGUUUGUUUUAACUAUGCCUUGGUGUUGCACGUGCAAAUCUUGCGCCCGUCCCUAACAAUGGGUUUUUUUGGUCCAACCCAGAGGCUCACUAAGCAAGAAAGACAGGAGGCAGCAGCAGGCAGGACAACACAAACCUUGGAGGAACAAGCCACGGUGUGCUGGCUCGUCUGUGGGACAACCUGUGGUUUGUUAAACAAACCAUGGUUUAGCAUUGCGUGACUCUAUCUGCCAACAUCUCUCCCUCUGUUCCCCUCACCUUACAAGAAAGCUUCAAAUACUUGGGCAAAACUGCUCCAGCCCCUUGACCUGCAUGGCCAUGCCUUUAUCUGACUUUCCCAGUUCUGCAUCACCUUCCUUGUUUUUUUCGGAGAUGGGGAAAUCUUAUCUCCCCACAAAAGAUCUUGUCUCUGUAGGCCGGGAUUCUUCACUCUGGGUCUGAUGAGCCACCUCUGCCUGGCAAGAACCUUAAGGAAAGUUCACAUGCUAGUUUACAACAGGAUGUGACUAGCAUCUCCAGGCCCUCCUGUUCUCUGUGAGUCAGGAGCUGUUUGUCUGGGUCUGCAAAAGAAACUUAAUCUGAUUUACUCCCCCUUCCCCUGAAUCUUCCACCCCGGUGCUGAAACUCAGGCCUCAGGGCAUGUGCAGAGUGCUUUGCCUGCAAAGCAAGCCAAGUGCGAACGCGUUUCUUUUUUGAAAAAGCAAAGCGUUCUUGUGUGUCCGAAGCUUGUUUCGUACAUCCUCUCUCAGUCAACAACCCUCCUGACAGCCCUGCAAUGUAGAGCAGUGUUGCUGCGUUAUUUAUCUCCAACUAGUGAGUGCAAGAGAAACAGGCCGGUAGCAGCAAUGAUUCUGAAUCCUAGUUGCUGGGGACUGCAAGUGGGGAGAACUGUUGUUGCGCUCAGGUCCCCAGGCCUCCCUUGGGAGCAUCUGGUGGUGACUGCAAGGACCGGACUAGAUGGGACCCCUUUGGGCCUGAGCCAGGCCCUUCUUCCGUUCUCAGGCGGCUCUUGUAAGCCAGCCAAGCUGCGUACUGCCAGAGGGGUGGUGGAAGGGAGAGGAGAAGAGAAGGAAACUGGCCACUCCCGUGCCCCCUCACCAGCCUUAUCUAGCCAGGCAGGGCAAGGGGGAGAUUCCUUUCUAUUCCUGGCCCCAGAGAAGGCUGGCAGAGCCGUGAGGAAGGCCACCCAUCUAAGGACAUUUUAAUAGGGUAUGACUCCACACUGCCCUGGCCUCCAAAAUUCUCCGCUCGGUAACCCAAGAAGAAUUUGGGUGUUGAAACUGUCAAAACCAUGAGAGAAGAGAGUGUCCUCAGAAUAAUUGCCGCUUUGCUCCACAUCUCUGUUUCCAGACCCAAUUCAAGGUGCUGCUUUUAAUCCGUAUAGCAGGGGUGAAGGAGCCUCAUGCCUGGGGGCCAGACCCUCUCUCUGUCUGGCCCCCCGUGAUACUCCCAAGGCUUCCCCGCCCCCACCAGCGCUGCUUCACAGCCUCCUUGAGUGUCUUUGCCUGGCUGGGAUUGGGCCCUUGAACUCUGACCCUGCCUCUUCGCUUGGCUGGACGGAGGGUGGAGAGGGGCGGGCGAGUGCAAGCGUCUAGAAACUAGCCUGCUCUACGAAAGUUAAAAUUUACAUUCAUCUCGGGUGAGACAGACGGAGCAGAUCUCCUGCGCCUUCUGCAGAUCUGAAGGCCACCUAGGUUGGCAGACAUGGAAGGAAACUCUCCUGCAAAUGCUUGGGGCAUGAGCCACGGAGGGGAGGUUUGGUGCCAGGAGGUCCAUUAUCAAGACCAGAUGGGAUGCAACAGGGAAAGAGUGGGGCGGGAGGCAAUGGACGUUUGUCCAGUUCUGGGCACCACAGUUUAAAAAGGAUGUCGACAAGCUGUGCAGAGGAGGGCGACCAAGAUGAUCAAAGGUCUGGAAACCAAGCCUUAUGAGGAAUGGUUGAGGGAGCAGGGGAUGUUUAACCUGGAAAAGAGGAGACUGAGAAGAGACAGGAGAGCCAUAAUAAUAAUAAUAAUAAUAAUAAUAAUAAUAAUAAUAAUUUAUUUAUACCCCACCCAUCUGGCUGGGUUUCUCCAACCACUCUGGGCGGCUUCCAACAAAGUAUUAAACUACAGUGGUCUGUUAAACAUUAAAAGCUUCCCUAAACAGGGCUGCCUUCAGAUGUCUUCUAAAGGUCUGGUAGUUGUUCUCUUUGACAUCUGGUGGGAGGGCAUUCCACAGGGGGGUGCCACUACCGAGAAGGCCCUCUGCUUGGUUCCCUGUAGCUUUGCUUCUCGCAGAACCGCCAGAAGGCCCUCGGCGCUGGACCUCAGCAUCCGGGCAGAACGAUGGGAGUGGAGACGCUCCUUCAGGUCUACUGGACCGAGGCCAUUUGGGCUUUAAAGGUCAGCACCAACACUUUGAAUUGUGCUCGGAAACGUAUGUGAAGGGCUGUUACAUGGAGGAUAUUUUCUCCUGCUCUGGAGGGUAGGACUCGAACCAAUAGCUUCAAGUUGCAAGAAAGGAGAUUCUGACUAACCAUUCAGAAAAAGUUUCUGACAGUUAAGGGCUGUUUGAUGGUGGAGCAGACUCUCUCAGAAGGCGGUGGACUUUCCUUCCUUGGAGAUUUUUAAGCGGAGGUUGGAUGGCCAUCUGUCAUGGAUGCUUAAGUUGAGAUUCCUGCAUUGCAAGAGAUUGAGCUAGAUGGCCCUUGGAAAGUCUUACAGUUCAGUGAUUCUGUGACAUUGCUGGGAGCAAGGGCAGAGACACAGUGACCCUGGGCAUCUGAUAACAGGACUCUUCUUCCCACCCCCAGAGCUUCUCCAUUGUGUCUUCUUAAUCUAAAAGAUUGAGAAGGAGGAGGAGGUCUGCGAAUGGAAUUUACAAGGUUGUGACUCGUAGGAGGCAGGAGGUCCACAUGCCAGAACAAACCCUUUUCCCCAUACCAGGAUGGCUCAGCAGCAAACCACCACGACUGUUGUGUCUGGCCUUGGCCUAACGUUUCCUGCCCAAACGGUGCCUUUAUUAUUAUUAUUAUUAAAACUUACAGCACACUUUCCCCCCCAGGCAGUUCCGCGAGCAGAUAUACUACUAGGUUCUUUUAAAUCCACCUGGGUGUUGAUGGUGAAGCAGAGAGAGAUCAAGAGCUACUGAAAGAGCAUGGUAUAGUGGGUAGAGUGUUGGACUAGGACUUGGGAGACCAGGGUUCAGAUCCCCGCAGGGUUGUUGUGGGGCAUUGAAUGAGGAGAGGGAGAACCGUGCAGGCCACGAGCUCCUUGAAGAAAAAGGCGGGGAUAUAAGUGUACAGUGGUACCUCAGGUUACAGACACUUCAGGUUACAGACGCUUCAGGUUACAGACUCCGCUAACCCAGAAAUAGUGCUUCAGGUUAAGAACUUUGCUUCAGGUUGAGAACAGAAAUCGCGCGGCGGCGGCACAGUGGCAGCGAAAGGCCCCAUAAGCUAAAGUGGUACCUCAGGUUAAGAACAGUUUCAGGUUAAGAACGGACCUCCAGAACGAAUUAAGUUAUUAACCAGAGGUACCACUGUAAUAGUAAAUGAAAAUAAAGAUUUGUUUGCAGGGAGAUGAGAUGAUGUUGACUAUUUAAUGAGCAAGCUGGGUUUCUCCUCCUCUGGAGGGUAGGACUCGAACACAUGGCUUCAAGUUGGCUUCAAGUUGCAAGAAAGGAGAUUCAGACUCAACAUCAGGAAGAACUUUCUGACAGUAAGAGCCGUUCAAUCAUGGGAUGAUCUCCUUCGGGAGUUUGUGGCCUCUCCUUCCCUGGAGGUUUACAGUGGUACCUCAGGUUAAGUACUUAAUUCGUUCUGGAGGUCUGUUCUUAACCUGAAACUGUUCUUAACCUGAAGCACCACUUUAGCUAAUGGGGCCUCCCGCUGCUGCCGCACGAUUUCUGUUCUCAUCCUGAAGCAAAGUUCUUAACCCGAGGUACUAUUUCUUGGUUAGCAGAGUCUGUAACCUGAAGCGUAUGUAACCCAAGGUACCACGGUAUAAGCAGAGGUUGGAUGGUCAGGGGUGCUUUAGUUGAGAGUCCUGCAUUUCAGGGGGGUCAUACUAGAACCUACCAGUGGGUUGAAGUUGAUGACCCUCUAUGAUUCUAUUCAAUUGGCUAGCGUUGUGCAAACUCCCAAACAGCAACCAUCUUGAAGCGCCGUAGAGUCACCCACUUGUGACUGAAUGGCCGUUCAUUGUGGAAGAAUUCCAUACAUCCAGGCAGGGGCCGCCCCCCCCCCAAAGGCCGCCAACCUAUCCUCUGUUAUCAGCAGUUCAAGGCACUCUUUAAGAACUACUUGCCUUCGGAGGAGUUGGCCUGUUGCUUCUCUGUGCGAGUUCCUGUUCCAGGCUUGCUAACAUCCAUUCAGGAGGCACGUGCAGAGCAGAAAGUUGUUCAGGGGUGAUUGGAGACUCCUUGAAAAGUGUGUGUGUGUGGGGGGGGUGAGAUUUAUCAUACUCUUCCAACCUGAAAGGAAACCUUUCCGGGUAUAAAAGCGAAGGGCCCCUCCAGUUUAAAUCCAGGAGCGGGGACGGACGAAGUGUGGUUCGGCUGCCUGGCCCUGCUCUGCAUUCUGGGUGACCUUCGGAGGUUGAAACUGUGGCUUCGGCUGGGUGAUUGCUUUCCCCCCCAGUCAAACCAAAAGCCCUGUUAGGCUCUAAUAAACUAGGGCAUCCCCCAGCCCUCUUCCAAUCAGCAAUUUGUUAAUGACAUUUCAUUGACAGGAGCGUUUGGCCAGAGGGUUAGGCCAGGGUGAAAUCAAUUUGUCUGUGGUUUAGGUGGCAGUGCCUGCGGAAAAUAAAAUGUUGUGGAACAACACAGAAGAUGUGGGGAGAUGGGACGAGAUGGGAUUCCAUCCUCAGUGUCAGCUUUCUGAAAUAACCGUGUAUUUUGUAUCAUUUGUUUUCAAACUAACAGGCUCAUCUUUCAAAUAAUACAGGGAUGAAGCCUUUGUUUUAAUUAGAAGUUGACGAUCCGUUAAUAAUAUUGGGCGUGCAAAAUAACCUUUCCUUCCAGGUAACAUGUUGCUCUCCCAGCCCCUUCCAGUUCUGUGAUUCAAUGUGUGUAAGUGAGCGAGAGACAAGAGUCCUGGCACUUUGAGCAUCAAUCCCACUUUGCAGGAGGGUUCUUGAUUCCCCCAAACCCAAUCCCCUCAUUCCUUUGGCCAGGGGUGGGGUCUGAUCCGUCGUCCACUCGGGGUUUUCCGCUGCAGUUUUUCCUCCACCGGAGCCGCGCUCCACUCUUCCCGCCUCCCUAAACCGUAGCAAAGCCUGAUGUCUGUGGCUUCUGCCCCGCUGGCUGGGUGUGGAUAAUAAUUAAUCUCCUGGCGCGGAAGCUGCUUCCUUGACGGGUGAAGGAAAAAGAAAGGAAGAGAGACAGGUUUAACCUCCAACCCAGCCCGGCUAAUUGUUUUUCUCAGGCAAGAAUCAAAAACCCAAGACUUUGCCAGCAAGGCCUGGGUUUCCUAGAAAGGAGACUGACAGCGGUAUUGCGAAGCAAGCGUGGGGAACCGGAUCCAUUCCUGCAGGCCAAAUCCUUACCUGCACACCCCCCGCAGGCAGAGUUUGACAGGUGGCUGGUCCACCCACUUGUCCAUUGCCUAAUGUCAGGUGACACUCCCCCCCUUUUUUUUUGCACAUGCAGGCAGAAAAGGUGGGUGUGUUUGCAACGCUUCCUUAGUCUGCUGGUGAUCUGCAGACAUCAGGCAUAGGGGAAGUGGAUCUGGCUUAACCCAAACAAUGGUGUGGGCCAAAUGAGAAGGUCUGAUGGGCUUAAUCCAGCCCACAGGAUGCAGGCUUCCCGCACCCCAAUUACCUUGGAGGCUGAAACGGGUUGUGCCAAGGUAUUUCUUCCACUGAGCUGUCAGAGUGCGAUAUCAACUAGAGUUGCUGCCUGUGUAUGUAUUAUUUUUUUAAACACCCUACUUAAGAGCAUUUAAUAUAACUAGAAAGUGCUGUAGAGUGGCAGAUUUCUUUUUUAAUAAUAAUAAUUUUUAUUAAUUUUAACUUAUAAAUUAUAAUACAUACCACAAAACCUCACCACUUAUACAAUCUUUUUUUUUUUACUUCCAUCAGCACCUCUGAUGAUCCACCGUUUUGACUUCUUAUGCAUUUCUUAAAUUCAUAUUGCCUUCAAUUAUCUUAACUAACCAUCCUACCCUUUAUCCAUUUUUGCAAUAGUUCCAAUAAUUCAGCUCACAAAACUUAUCGCAAACCUACAAACGUAGUCUGAUCAUCACAAUUACUUUUCAAAUAGUCUGUAAAUUUACACCAGUCUUCUGUGAAUUUCUGGUCCUGCAGAUUUCGAAUCCUUCCUGUUAGUUUAUCGUGGAGUGGCAGAUUUCUAGAGCAGGGAGAGAGAGAGAGAGAUCUGAGGUCCAAGCUCCAUAGAGCCAGCUCUGAGCUUAAACCUUGCAGGAUUGUUCUUGGGAUAGGAAAUGUAGAUACAUAUGUGCGAGAGAAUUCCCUUGGCUUUAUAGCUCAGUGCUACUGGUAGAACACCUGCUUUGAUUGUAGAAGUUCUCAGGUUCAAUCCCCAGAAUCUCCCAGUAAAACCCUUCUGGAACUCCUCUGAAGCUGCUGCCGGCCAGUGUGGACUGGGGAGCCACUGGCCCGGCACCCAAAUGCUGGCCCUCGAUACCUCUCUGUCUCACCCAUAGGACUCUUCCUUGGCUGCACCAGUCCCUGGCCACGUUCCCACCCUCCUUGGGAGCUCCUGCCCUGCUGGAGCAUGUCCUCAAAUGCCCUGACUGGAGUGCGGCCCACUGCCCAAAGAUCAGACCCCCUUUCCCCCUGGUCCCGCCCAACACCACGUAGGUUCUCCACAGAGGGGGUGAUGCCCUUUGGCUGGAAAAGAACUCCCCACCUCCCGUCUGGAGUGGAUGAGCCUGAGCCAGGUGGGCCCUGGUGCGACACAGACUCAGAUAAUUGUAGAGUUGGAAGGGGGACCCACAAGGGUCAUCUAGUCCAACCCCCCUUCAAUGCAGGAAUCUCAUCUAAAAUAUCCAUGAUGGAUGACAUGGUCUGAAGCAGCUCUCUAGGUCCCGAUGUUUCUACAAAGGAGAUUCCUGCUUGCUGGAGGCGACUGGUGAGUGAGUGGCUGUUUCACUAAACUGAAUGAAAAAGCCUCAGUCAUCUUAAAACUUAAUCCGGAGCAAGCAAGGCCUAAGGGCUGUCCAUGCCCACAGAGCUCCCACAUCCCUCCUUAAGGCCACGAUCCUAAAUUGUGGGGUAAAGCCCCAUUGAAAACAGAGGGGCGGGAUUUACUUCCGAGUCAAUGUGCUCAGGAACACACAGUGUGUGAAAUCUGCACCCCAGGUGGGUUUUCCACAGAUCUGGGCAGCUUAGAUUUUGGGGCCUCCCCCACCAUGGAAAUCUCCCUUCUGAUGGGGCUCUCUCUUGACCGACCUAAAGCACACACAGCUGUGUGGGGCUUUGCCAGCGCAAUGAGCCAACCAGCCGGCACGCUUUCUAGCUAACCAGCAGAGAGGUGUUGUUGAAUGAGAGAUUCAGAAGCAGCAUGGAAAAGUGGGGAGAGGGGGAACAGUUUGGGGGUUAUUGCCAUAUCCUGCAAGGCCAUUUCCAAAACGUUCUCCCAGUGAGCUUCUGAAUACCAGUUGCUGGAAACCACAGAAAGGGAGAGCGUGGCUGUUGCGCUCACGUUCUGGUUUGGGGCUUCCCUUUUGGGGCGUCUGGUUGGCCGCUGCAAGAACAGGAUGCUGGACUAGAUGUGUUCUGUCCUGCUCCAGCCGGCUCUGUGCUUAAGUGGACUCCCUCACGCCGGGAUAUCUUGGAUUCCCCCCUUGCCUUGCCUUGUGUUGCGUUCCCACUCAAGCGUUUCCUUGCAUUUUGUUGAGGGCUGGUUUGGCAGGGGCCGUGACACGGUAGGAGGGCAUCUGCUUUGCAUGCAGAAGGUCUCAGGUUCGGUCCCCACUGGCAUCUCCAGGUGUUGCUGGGAGAGAGACCCUGCCAGAAGCCUUGGACGGUUGCUGCCAGUCAGCGCAGGCAGUACUGAGCUGGAUGCACCCAAUGGCCUGGCUCUGUAGAAGGCAACAUCCUUUGUUACUGUUCCGUUCCUUCCUUUAUUCAGAACCACGAGGACUGAAAUCUUAACAUUAUUUUUGCAGAGAAGGGGCUGCAGCUCAGAAGGUCCGAGGUUCCAUCCCCAACGGGCAGCUCUUGGUAGGGCAGGAUUCGCAUGCCGAUUCCCACCAGCAGAAACUUUUCUCAAGGACUUGUGCAAGUGAGCUGCCCCCUCUGCUCCCUGCACAACCCCCCUGUGCUCCCCCAAAUUGGGGUGCUUGAGACUGUCUGGCGAGUCCUCAUGCUUGCCCUGAUGGAACAAUUGUUUUAGUGUGACGUUGAGCUCCUUCCUUAGGGUCCUGUGUUUGGGGCAAACCGGUGUUCAGAGUUGCAUAUUCCGAUGGCUGCUUGGGGUGUCAUUGAAAGCCAUAACGUGGGGAACUGUGAAUUUCUGGUAUUGACUAGGGAACCUCUGGGGCAAUGCCGUUCCAGGGUUCUCCACCUCUUUCACAAUGUAAGGAAAUGCUCAAGGACUUGGAAAUAAAAGAGUUUCAAGCCGAUGAAAACUUGCAUGAUGCUCUUAACAUUUCUUUGGUCCCUCUAACUGAUUGACAGAAAAUCAUAACGCGGGCAGAAGAAAGUGCCUUUGUGACCAAAGGAACCUGCUUCCACCUUUUUGCAGUGGUGAUCGCACAAGUCUUUGCAGGCACUGCUCAGAAUUUAUUCAUGUAGAAAAGUAUUUCUAAACCGCCAACUCAUUUAGGGAAAAGGUUGUCGCUUGGUAGUAGAAUGCCUCCUUCGCAUAGGAAGGUUCAGUUCCUGGCUGCCAGUCAGUGCAGACCGUGCUGAGUUGGAUGGUCCCAAUGGCCUGGCUCAGGAGAGGGCAGCUUCCUGCCUUUUCCUGAGAAGUGUGGUGAUGUGCAAUGAAACCAUUAAAACAUCAUUAAAUAGUUAAAUGCAGAGCAAGUGGCCAACUUUGUCACUUUCAUAGUUUAUGACAGAGCAAGCGCAGGGGUAGAAUGCUCACUGGCUGCUUUGCAGGAGGGGGCGGAAAACCGGGAGGGGAUGUAAUGGAGUAUCCUAAAAGGGGCAUGGCUGGCUGGCUGGCACACUGCUACUGCUGGUCCACAUUAUUUAUAUAGUCUUCUACCUGUUACUUUUUGCUCAAUUCAAUCUCUUCAGCCUAACCAGCUCAGAGCCUUGAAACGAGUCCUUUUCCUUCUUCUCUCCCCAGCAACAUUUAUUUAUUUGAAGUCCACCAGGUCAUGUGAUCCUACCUGCCUCUCAAGGGGAUUUAUUUUUAUUUUUAUUUUUUGAGUAAAGAUUUGGAGCCUUUGCAGAUAAGAGCCAGGCAAUUACUGGCGAUUCUUAUCUGGCAACAAUGGCAUUAACAUCAGUAAGGUUUUUACCCAGCUAGAGAAAUCUCUCUCUCUCCUCCCAGCCUGCUCUACCAGGCUCAGGCAUCCAGGCACCACUAUCAGCACCCCCAGCAACCCAGCAGCAUUCCUUCCUGGGGCAGGGCCCCCACCUCCCUUGUUUGCAGCUUCCUUGUGGAAGAAUAUCUUCCUUGUGCAGUACAGUCACCUAUACCGGGAUCUCUACCACACAUCACAAUAAAGCCUCCAUGUUCCAAGGCAGUAUACCUCUGAAUUCCAGGCACUGGCAGAUGAAGCUUUUAUGCUUUGUUGUGAAUGGGUGGGUGGGUGCUGGCCACCCCCUGUUAGAGCAUUGCGUCAUUGUCUUCAGAAUCUUGGCUUUCUCUUCAAAGAGGAAAUGGAGCCGGGGCAAGUUUCUAGUCCUCAGGAGCUGCAAAGAAAUGCUAGAAAGGGUGGGGCAGUAGCGCCACAAGCAGUGAAACCUUCAGAGGCUGAAUCAGGUUUCCAGGGAACAAGGAGCACAGCUGCUGUGACAAGUUUAUAUCUUUCCGGAUGAAGCCCAGAAAGAGAAGAGUUGUGAUUUUUAUAAUUUACUCAGGUUUCUGAUAUGUAAUUUGCUCUUACAAAGGUCAGUGGCGGCCACAAACUGUGCUGGCUUCGAAAAGGAGGUUAGCUGGUUCCAUGGAUGGUAAGGCGACAAGGCAGAAUGGCUGUAUUUUCCCUCCACCCUCGGAGGCAGUAAAUGCCUUUGGGUGCCAACUGCUUGGCAGCAUCUGGUUGGCCACGGUGAGAACCAUUUAUAUGACCACACUGCCCUCACUCUCCAUUAGGCCUCACUUGCCAUCAGUGAUGGCAACAUGUUGCCCUAGCUGGCUUGGUCACAGAGAGGACAGGAUGCUGUCCUAGAUGGGCCCCCUUGGGCCUGAUUCAGUGGCCAGGCUCUUCUGGCGUCCAUUUAUAUCUCGCUGCCCUCGCUUUCCAUUUGACUUCACUUGCCGCCAGUGAUGGCGGCGUGCAGCUGAAUCCGGUUAGCCACUGUGAGAGCUGGAUGCUGGGCCUCCUUUGGCCUGAUCCAGCAGCCAGGCUCUCUUCCGAUGUUCUUGCAUUCAGGUUCCAGCCUGUCGGAUCGGUGGCGAGGCCCAGAGGGCAGGCAUCUCUGGAGGCCGUAGGAAUGAGAGAUCUGGAGGGGGCGAUACCAUUUGCAAACACAAACCGGCCCAGCGACUGCACACACACACACACACACACACACACACACACACAGAGCAAGUCGGUUCCGUCUGCUCCCACCUGGGAGCUUUCUUCAUACCUGCCUGGGGAGACGGCAGGCCCAGGGCAGCAAGAUUAGCCACAUCGCCCGGGUGUUGGCUCUCUGACUCACCCCUCUGCAAACAGACGCACGGCUCCAGGCAACGGCACGGUGGCUUCUCACGGCUGGAGUGUCUCUUCGGCACACAAAGUCCGAGGGCCACCUGGCGGCUCCCUCCCAUUGGAGCCGGCGCCGCCCGGAGGUUGAGAAGGCCGAGCCGAGCGGUAAAGUCCAGGAGAUAAUGGUCCCUCUGCUGUAUACUUUUUCACGUGUUGCAUAGUUAAACUAUGGAACUCCCCGCCACAAGAGGCAGUGACGCAGUGACGGCCACCAGCCGAGAUGGCUUUAUUAUUAUUUAGUAUUAAUUCGAUUUAUAUACCACCCUUUAUCAAAAGAUCCGUGUGAGGUGUACAAUAGUAAAAACAUUUUUCGGAGCGUAAUAAUAUAAACAAAGCAUAAUAAUAGGCAGCAUAUCUGUUCUGCAGGCAUCUCCCGCUUCCGCCUCCCCUCUGCUGGACUCUUGUCUGUCCAGCAAUCCUAUGAUCUCAGUGGAAACUGCUGUUGUAUCUUUGCUGAAACGCUCCUAUCUGCCUCCUCUCCCCACCACAAACGCUGCCUCGGUCUUCGAUAAGUCUGUUAUUUGUUCCUCCCGGCCUUUCCGUUUCUGGCUUUCUCUUUUUCUUAUUUCCUCUCUUUGUUCUUGCCAUUCUGUCUCUUUUCACUUCUUGCUUUUUGCCCCGGACCCCGCUUUCUGGAAAUUCGCUCCGAAGCCCAUAGCUGAGCAAGGGGGGGGGUCGAUUUGCUCUCUUUGGGGUUGGCGGUCCUUGCCAUGUCCCUCUUUUUGUGGGUGGGCUGAGUCCCUCCCCUCGCCAGCCCUUCAUAAAUUGUUCAGUUCAGCUCCACAGAAACCGACCAGAGCGCAAGGCAUCCAUCAGCAUCGACAAACUGUGGAACUCCCUCCCACAUGAACCAGCAAUGGCCACCAACAUGGGCAGCUUUAAAAGAGGAUUAGAGAGAUGCCCUACCCCUGUUACACCCUGUGAAAAGCAUUCCCUGUUGUCCAUUCACGGUGUUUAGCACUGCUACAGGGAGAAUCAAAUUGGCCAGUUUGGGUUUCUCUCCAUCUCUUAUCCCCCCCCCCAUCUUUCAAGUCACUUCUCCCCAUUUCUUUCUCAGUUUUCAUGGCUCUCUUUUACGUCCUCGUGAAAUGUCACCCAUGCUACUGCUCGGAUUUCUCCUUGUUGUUGUUGUUUAGUUGUUUAGUCGUGUCCGCCUCUUUGUGACUCCCUGGACCAGAGCACGCCAGGCACUCCUGUCUUCCACUGCCUCCCGCGGUUUGAUCAAACUCAUGCUGGUAGCUUCGAGAACACUGUCCAACCAUCUCGUCCUCUGGCGUCCCCUUCUCCUUGUGCCCUCCAUCUUUCCCAGCAUCAGGGUCUUUUCCAGGGAGUCUUCUCUUCUCAUGAGGUGGCCAAAGUCUUGGAGCCUCAGCUUCAGGAUCUGUCCUUCCAGUGAGCACUCAGGGCUGAUUUUUCUUCAGAAUGGGUUGGUUUGAUCUUCUAGCAGUCCAUGGGACUCUCAAGAGUCUCCUCCAGCACCAGAAUUCAAAAGCAUCCAUUCUUCGGCGAUCAGCCUUCUUUAUGGUCCAGCUUUCACUUCCAUACAUCACUACUGGGAAAACCAUAGCUUUAACUAUACGGACCUUUGUUGGCAAGGUGAUGCCUCUGCUUUUUAAGAUCCUGUCUAGGAUUUCUCCUAGCAGGCACCAUGGGCAGUUUCCCCUGAUGGGAUGCAUUUUAAAAAACAUUUUUGCCCAUAGAUGCAUUCCCCCCUAACACAAACAUCCAUGGACUCAUUGCUGGGCUGGGGAACUGUGUCGAAGGAGAGCUGUGUCUCGGUUUGCAUAUUGUUUCGGGAAGUGCCGUUUAGACAGGCUCAUGUUUAAAUGCAAACCGAACCAAAUUGUACACAUCCGGUUAUGUGGGGCUUUUGACAGCCGCCCCUCCUCCUUGCACUGUUGUCGCUGUAUAUUGGGCUGCUCCCCGCUCUGUGUCCAAUUUGCUGUGCGUUCUCUUGAGAAACAGGAGAAUUGCAGGGUUGCGAGGGCUCCCCAAGAGCCAUCUAGUCCAGCCCCCUGCAAUGCAGGCAUCCCAGCUGAAGCAUCCCUGACAGAGGGCCAUCCAACCUCUGCUUGCAAACCUCCAAGGAAAGCGAUUCCAUCACCAUCCAGGGGAGUCUGUUCCUCCAUUGAAGGGCUCUUUCCAAUGGCUUUAAGUUACAAGAAAUGAGAUUCCAACUAAAUAGUCAGUCAGGGUUGUUUGACAGUGGAACGGCCUCCCUCGGGAGGUUGUGGACUCUCCUUCCGUGGAGGUUUUUAUUUUUAUUUUUUUAUAUAAAUUUUUAUUAGUUUUUUAACAUACCAUUUUCAACAGUAAUUAAACAUACUUUUACAUCUUAUUCAUUUUUUUGACUUCCAUCAGUCCUGUCUGAAAAUUUUUUAACAUACCAUUUUCAACAGUAAUUAAACAUACUUUUACAUCUUAUUCAUUUUUUUGACUUCCAUCAGUCCUGUCUGAAAAUUCUCCAAUCUUAUCUCUUACUAUGCAUUUCUUACUUUCCCUAUUACAUUUAAAACUCAUGACCAAUAUCUCUAUCCUUAUCUACUUUGUAACACUUCAUAUCUUUCUCCUUACAAAACUUCUUGUAGUCCUACUAGCGUAAUUUGUUGGUUACAAUUGCUCUUCAAAUAGUUCAUAUACUUCUUCCAAUAUUCUGUAAAUCUCUGGUCCUGCAGGUUUCGAAUCCUUCCUGUCAUUUUGUCCAAUUCUUCAUACAGUAGUCCAUUAAUUUCGUCUGCCGUUCUUCUUCUGUCGGAAUUUCUUCUUGCUUCCAUUUCUGGGCUAACAAUACUCUUGCCUCCGUGGAGGUUUUUAACCAGCAUUUGGAUGGCCAUCUGUCUUGGAUGCUGUAGCUGAGAGUCCUGCAAUGCAGGGGGUUAGAAUGGAUGACCUUUGGGGGUCCCUUCCAACUCAUAUGAUUCUGUGAUUCCUACCUGGAGAUGCCUUCUGCAUGCAAAUCUGGGGCUGUCCCACUGUAUGAUCAGACAGGGGGUGGUGAAUAACAGGCUGGAGGAAAGAUGACCAGCACACACACCCCAGCGCGCACGCACACACAUACACAGACUCAGAAUUCAGGGGGCUGGGAGAAAGGAGGGGGCUAUUUUGCACCAGAAGGAGGCACAGAACAGCUCUGUGUUGCCUUACAGGCAUAAUAGAAGGCCAAAGACAAAGGGCUCAGUGUAUUUUUGCAGAGGGCGGGGGAAGGAAGGAGAUAGUGCAGGCAUUCUUUGGCUGUGCAGCCAACAGCUGCCCCCCCCUUACACCCCCGGCUGCAUUUCAGCAUCUGCAGCUGCAGGGAUCUGGGACUCUGGUGGUUGCAGCUGGUAUAAGCCGCCUCCAGCUGGCCAUAGAUGCGACCACCACCGCUUCUGAAGACCUGUUGUUGGAAGCCACAAGAGGGGAGAGUCGCUCUUGCGCUCAGAUCCUGCUUCCCGGUCUCUCAUGCGGGCAUCUAGGUGCCCACCAUGAGAACAGGAUGCUGGACUAGAUGGGUCACCGGCCUGAUCCUGCAGGCUCUUCUUAUAUUCUAACGUAGAAUGUGGUGCUUGUUGGCAGGAUCCCCUGUCAGGGUUUUUGAAUUCUUGAACCACGCUUUGUAACUUUUGCUUGCCCCCUGCAAGUCUACGUGGGGCUGCCCUUGAAGCUGACCCAGAAACUCCAGCAGGUGCAGAAUGCCGCGGCGAGGCUCCUUACGGGGUCCUUGCCGCAGGAUCACAUUCAUCCAGUGCUUUACCAACUGCACUGGCUCCCGGUGGAGUACAGGGUCAGGUUUAAGGUGCUGGUUUUGACCUUUAAAGCCCUAUGCGGCCUAGGACCCACAUACCUACGGGACUGCCUCUUCCGAUAUUCCCCACGGAGGACCUUAAGGUCCACAAAUGACAACACCUUGGAGGUCCCAAGUCGCAAGGUGGUUAGAUUGGUCUCAACUAUGCCAGGGCCUUUUCAGCACUGGCCCCGACUUGGUGGAACGCUCUGUCACAAGAGACCAGGGCCCUGCGGGACUUAACAUCUUUCCACAGGGCCUGCAAGACAGAGCUGUUCCACCUGGCCUUUGGUUUGGACUCAGUCUGACCCUUAUGUUUCCCUCCCCUUAUGAUUUUGAUCUAUGGGCUAGUAUUAAAAUGAGACUGCAUUUUAAUUUAUAUUUUAACCUGUAUUUUAAAUUGUUGUUUGUUUGUUUGUUUGUUUGUUUGCAAUUUUACUGGUGCUAGCCGCCCUGAGCCCGGCUCUGGCCGGGGAGGGCGGGGUAUAAAAAAAAUAUAUUAUUAUUAUUCCUUUAUGGGGAGCAUUACAGCUCAGUUUUGCAUGCAGAAGGAGCUGGUGGCAUUUCCAGACAGGACUAGAGACGUCUUCAUCGUCCCCCCAACUAGAAACCCCGAAGAGCUGCUGCCAGUCCACGUUGACAACACUGAGCUAGAUAGACUCAGUGGUCUGACAGUACAAGCCAGCUUUCCGCUGAAACUGGCUGUUUAUCCCAGACCAUGAGGACUAGAAACUUGACUUGUUUUCCAGGAAAAGGGCUGCAGCUCAGAGUUCCAGGUUCAGUCCCCGUUGCCUCUCAGGACAUCGGUGCCAAAGACUCCCUGGCGAUCCGCUGUCAGUCAGUGCAGGCAUCCCUGCGCUCAAUGGACCCACAGUCUGACUUGGAAUAAGGCAGCCUAACAUCUUCCUGUAGCCAGUAUUGGUCUGAUUUCAUUUACUUUUGGAACGACUGCAGCUGUGCCCCUGUGGCCAAAAACAUCCCCGUGACACCAGCCCUUAAACAUGGCCCGGGAUGUUGGGGUGGCCAAGUUGGCAGGCCUCCUGGCAGGCCCGUUGGCGAAGGAAGGGUCUUGAACCCAGUUCCGUUCCCCAGUUCCCCCAGUUGCAUCUCUUCCCCCCUUCCCCUUCGUUCCCCACUUGGAGUUUGGCAACUGACCGGGACCCUCACGAGAGCCACAAACAGGAACGGAUGACUCAGGCCGAUGAACAAACGUCCCUGGGGGUUUGGGCAAAGCCAGAUUUCCUCCCGGCCCCAUCAAAUAUGGCAGGAGGAAGCUGGGGGCCUUCAAGAGGGAGCGACUGGCCUGGAGCAGGUUGGGCAGACGUUUCCCCGGAUGAGAUCAUGGAGGGCCGGCUGGUUGGAGCUGGAUCCCGAUCUGCCGCCAAGCCGUUCUGCUCCCCCUUGCCAAGCCAGGAAUUCCUUUGCCACCUCCAGGCUGAAAGGCUUUCCAUCCACACUUGUCCAAAACGGAUUGGGGGGGGGGAGCAAGUGGUGGUGCUCUGUGUUCUUGGCUGGUUCUUUAUUUGUUUGGGAAAAGCCAGGUGCACGCAGCCACCUAAUUAAUGCAAGGAGGAAAACAGCUCGCUCUCUCACUUGCUCUCUGUCGUUGUUUGCUUACUUAUUUACACAUACACACACAUUUCCCCCCCUUUUUACAUUUCAGCAAUGUAUGCAAAAUGCAUCAUAAAACACUGCUCCUUGAAAUCAGAAAAGGGUGAAGAGAAGGAAUAGAAAUCCAAAGAGGAAAUCUCUUAGGUUUCAUAGAACCAUAGAAUUGUAGUGUUGGCAGGGGACCCCUAGCGGUCAUCUAGCCCAACCCUUGUGCGAUGCAGAUGGUGCUUGUUGUCCCCUUUCUGCAUUUGUGGGGGGGGGGAGAGAAAGAGAAACAUGGAAUCAUAGAGUUGGAAGGCACCCCAGCAGUCAUCUAGUCCAACCCUCCGCAAUAUAAUCAUCACAGCUAGAGAACCCUUGACAGUGACUCAAUAAUAAUAAUAAUAAUAAUUUAUUAUUUAUACCCCGCCCAUCUGACUGGGCUUCCCCAGUCACUUUGGGAGGCUUCCAACAAAGUAUUAAAAUACCGUAAUGCAUCAAACAUUAAAAGCUUCCCUAAACAGGGCUGCCUUCAGAUGUCUUCUAAAAGUCUGGUAGUUGUUGUUCUCUUUGACAUCUGGUGGGAGGGUGUUCCACAGGGCGGGUGCCACUACCGAGAAGGCCCUCUGCCUGGUUCCCUGUAACUUGACUUCUCGCAGCGAGGGAACCACCAGAAGGCCCUCGGCACUGGACCUCAGUGUCCAGGCAGAACGAUGGGGGUGGAGACGCUCCUUCAGGUAUACAGGACCGAGUCCGUUUAGGGCUUUAAAGGUCAGCACCAACACUUUGAAUUGUGCUCGGAAACGUACUGGGAGCCAAUGUAGGUCUUUCAAGACCGGUGUUAUGUGGUCUCGGCGGCCGCUCCCAGUCACCAGUCUAGCUGAUGCAUUCUGGAUUAGUUGCAGUUUCUGGGUCACCUUCAACGGUAGCCCCACGUAGAGCGCAUGGCAGUAGUCCAGGAGGGAGAUAACCAGAGCAUGCACCACUCUGGUGAGUGAAAUAAGGUUUGGGACUUUUUAGUCCAGAGAGAAAGUGAGCAAGAGGCGACAUAUUUAAACUUACGGCACUUGCUCCCCCAGAAGGCAGGGGUGGCCACCAUCUUGGGUGGCUUCAAAUGAGGACGGGGCCAAGUCACAGAGAAGGAAAGGGCUACUAAUGGUUGGUAGCCAGAAUGGCUGUGCUCUGCCUCCACUGUCAGAGGCAGCAUCACUUCUGAAUCCCUGUUGCUGGACGGGAGAGGCCUCUUGUACUCGAAUUCUGCUUGCAGGCUCCCCAGAAGAGAGGCAUUGGGCUUGGCCACUGUGAAAACACGGUGCUGGACUUAGGUGGGCUACUGGCCUGGUACAGCAGGCUUUUCUUGUGCUCUUAGAACAGUGUACACUUUAAGAGCGCCCUCUAUAAAAUAUAAACUCUUCCCCUCUUUUCGCUGGGAUUUUUCGUGGAGGUGGUGGCAGAAUCGAGUGUGUUCCUGUCCCAGUCGAUUCUCAGCACUUGGCUUUUCAGAGCUGGGGGGGGGGGGGCGCCUUGUUGGGGAACUGCCUGGGAGGCUCGCUCUCUGUUUCCUUUUGGCCGGAUCUUUCCCUCCUCCUCGCAGUUUCUGGCAAGAGAGCGCAGCUUGGGAUCUCUCCGGGUCGCAGCCUGCCCUUGCAUUCCACGCAGGGUGCCUGGGGCCUUUCCGCCAGGAGAGGCGGGCAGGCUCCCUCUGAAGGUCAUCUCUGGGGUGGAGGGAAAUGGCACCCGCCUCAAACGGAGCUUUUGUUCCGCCAGGCUUCGCUCCCCCAGUGGAAGCGUUGGCCCGCUGCCGCCCCCCCCCCCGGAGAGUUCGCGCUCACAAUUGCUGUAGUGAGCAGGUGGAGGUUGGGGCGAGAGCCAGGAAAGGGAGUAGGUGAGGGCAAGUCAGUGGAUAAAACUAUGCCCGGACGGAGAUAGCAAAAAGUGUUUCUCCCUCUCUCUUAAAACUAGAACUCAUAUUCCAGUGCACAGUUAAACUAUGGAACUCCCUGCCACAGGAAGCAGUGGUGGUCUCCAACUUGGAUGGCUUUAAGAGAACAUAAGAGAAUAUAAGAAUUUGUGGGCAUACAAAGAAGCUGAUCGCUGGGAGAUUCAGGGCAGAGGGAAUUGUUUUGUUGUUUGUUUAUUACAUUUGCAUGCCACCUUGUACUUCCAUCGAGCUCAAGGUGGUGUAUGUACAUGGUUCUCCUCUUCCCCAUUUCACCCUCACAACAACCCUGUGAGGUAGGUCAGGCUAAGAGAUGGCGACCGGCCCCAGGUCACCCAAUGGAGCUUCAUGGUCGAGAGGGGAUUUGAACGCUGGUCUCCCAGGUCCUGUGCUUUAACCACACCGGCUGCACUAAAGUCAUUCUGCACCUAGUGUGUAGUUAAACUGUGGAACUCCCUCCCACUGGAGGCAGUGAUGGCCUUUGAAAGAGGAUGGGACAAAUUCAUGGAGGAGGAGAGGGCUAUCGAUGGCUACUAGCUGUGCUCUGCCAUCGCUAUUGGAGGCAGCAAUGCUUCGGAAUCCCAGUUGCCGGAGACUGAAGGGGGGAGGGUGCGGCCCUGUGUUCGAAUCCUGGUUGCUGAUUUCCCAUCAAGCCCUUACACUCCAGGCGUUAACUGCUUUUCUCUUCCUGCUCUCCCAGGUUCCAUCCCAUCGGCGAAGCGCACCGGGAUCCCAGCCCCUCGGGAGCUGUCGACUGCCCCGGGCAGAGACAAGGCGGCCCUGAGACCCAGGAAGGCUCAGCCCAGCCCCACUUCCUCCGGGGCGCCAACGCCCACCAAGCACUCGCGCCCGGCCCCCAAGUGCAAGAAUGAGGGGGACGCCGGCGAUAAGGCCACGCUGGAGUCGCAGGUCAAGGAGCUGCUGGCCGAGGCCAAGGCCAAGGACUCGGAGAUCACCAAGCUGCGGAGCGAGCUGAAGAAGCACCAGGACCGGGAAUGGGUGCACUGCGAGCUGGACCACCCCGCAGGGGUGUCGCCAGCCGAGGCGGAGCCCCUGGUCCGCACCCUCCAGGACCAGAACCGGGCUUUCCAGAGGGAGCUGCUGAGCCUCGGGGAGGAGAACCGCCUCUUGAGAGAGAAGCUCAGCCGCCUGGAGCAGUCGCCGCUGUCAGACACCCUGAGCAGCAGCGGGGGCUGCGGAAGCAGCCUGGCCACCCCCACCACGCAGGGGUCGAGCUUCGGCAGCCCCACGCAGCCCCCCGGGAACCCCCAGGCCAACGGGGGCACGGCCCCCCUGCGGAACUCGGGGUCGUCCAGCAGCGACGUCACCAAGGCGUCCCUGUCCCCAGACGCCUCGGACUUUGAGCACAUCGCGGAGGCGCCCUCCAGGCCCCCGUCGUCGGGGAGCCACCCCUCCCAGGCCCCGCAGGACUCCCCCGCCGGGAGCUCCCCCAACAACGCCAGCGACCUCUCGGUGGCCUCGCUGACAGAGCGGAUCCAGAGGAUGGAAGAGAACCACCACUGCACAGCCGAGGAGUUGCAGGCCACGCUCCAGGAGCUCUCCGACCAGCAGCAGGUUGUGCAGGAGCUGACGGCCGAGAACGAGCGGCUGGCCGAGGAGAAGGCCCUGCUGGAGGGCUCCUUCCGGCAGCACCGCGAGAGAGCCGAGCAGCUGGGCCAGGAGAACGAGAAGCUGGCGGCCCUGCUGCAGGAGCGGCCGGCCGGCGACGACGGCAAGGCCAAGACCAUCCAGGAGCUGGAGCAGCGGUGCGGGGAGCUGCAGGAGAAGGCCCAGUUUGAGCGGGAGAAGCUGCUGAACAUCCAGCAGCAGCUGACCAGCAGUUUGCGCGGCCUGGAGAGGGAGCACCAGGAAGCCCAGGCGGCCACCCGGGGCCUGCGGGAGGAGGCCGAUCGGCUGGGGGGCCUGCUGGAGGCGGAGAGACAGGGCGCAGCUGGCCUGGCCAGGGCCCUGGAGGACUGCAAGGUGGCCCUGGAGGGGCUGAGGAUUGAAAACAGCUCGCUCCGAGCCCAGCUGGACAGCGCCAAGCAGAAGGCGGCGGACAUGGACACCGUUGGGCGGGGCGGGGACCCCGGCGCCAUGCAGGAGAUGCUGAAGGGAGCCCGCGGGGAGAGGGACCAGCUGGAGCUGGCCUGCACGGAGCUCAGGCAGGAGCUGCUGAAGGCGCACAGCGAGGUGAAGACUCUGCAAGGGCAGCUGGCCAAGGUAAGGAUUGCUGGGGAGUGGGGAGAGCUCAGCGGAGCUUCCAGAUGCAGCGGCAGUCUAUCCCUAAAUGGCGGCUGCUGCAAAGCAACGCCAGGGCUGCUUCCCAGAGGCCUCUGGCUGGCCGUUGUGAGAGACCUAGUGAACCUGCCGGGCUGUUCUUGCGUUGGGUCGGUGCCCUGGCUGUUGCACCUGAAGGUUGGUGGUUUGAGCCCACCCAGGGAUGUUGAUGUGGACAGGAUUCUUGCAUUGCAGGGGGGUUGGUCUAGAUGAAUCUCGAGGUCCCUUCCAGCUCUGGGAGUCCAUACGGUUUAUCUACAUGCUGCCUCAACCCCAAGGCUCCUGAAGCCAGCGAGCAGCAUUUAUAUGCAAGAAUGCAAAUGAAAUAUACGAUAAAAGCACAAUAUUUUCAGCCAUCGAAACAAAAUUCUAGAAGCAUCAAAAUCUUGUAAUCAGGUAAGGUUUUCCUAGGCACCGUGCCCUGGAGGUCGCAGAAACCUUCUUUUCUACCUUGCUUCUUUGCAGGAGUGAAGAAGCCAACUGAAUCACCUUUUUGGUGUUCCUUCCCUCAGACCCUGUUAGAUGUUAGUCCAGACUGCUCAGCAUACUGGCUUUCAUAGCUCAUGUGCAUAAGGAUUUCUGCUCUCUCAGAGGGCCUAGAUCUGUUGCUUUCUGGAGUUUGUCUCCGCUACAUAGCUGGACCCCAUUUUCUCUUAGCAGAUUUGCACCAUUUGCAAGAGGUCAGCUGCACUGAUGCUAACAGGGAAAGGAAGGAAGGACUCUGGUUCCCUGCUCCCUGAAUACUGAAAGUUCUGGACAGCGCGUGUAGUUUGGUCCCUCUUGCCCUCUAUUAUAUACUUGUGAGGCAGUUUCCGCACAGGGCGUUUGCUGUGAAGUAGCCACUCUCUGUUCUCUCCCUCUUUGUGGAGCCAUGAGCAAAACGGCUCUGUUUGGUAUCUCCCUUUCCCCCCGGCAGCUCAUAAAAUCUUCACUGUUUUGAUUCAGUUAAAUAGAAUAAUAGAAUCGUAGAGUUGGAAGGUACCCAAGGAUCAUCUAGUCCAACCCUCUGCAGUGCAGGAAUAUUUUGACCAACAUGGGGCUUGAACUGACAGCCCUGAGAUUAAGAGCUUCAUGCCCAACCAGAUGCCUGUGGCAAGCCCAAGAGCCCUCUGCCCUCCUGUGGUUCCCGGCUACUGAUAUUCCAGACUGCCUGAUUAUGGAGGCAGAAGCCCUGAACCUCCAUGAAUUCACCCCUUCCUCUCUUAAUGCCAUCCAAGCUGGUGGCCAUCACUGCCUCCUGUGGGAGGGAGUUCCACAGUCCAACAGCACCCAGAGAGCCACGAGUUAGCCGCUCCUAGUACAAACAACACGGACACAGGCCGACCAGCGAUCCGAUUGAGUCCGAAGCCUCUCCUGUACAUCCAAAAUCUGGGCAACACACAGUCGCAAGCUCCCUUCCCUGCAGAACUGCAUCCGUUUGGACAUUUAGCUGAAUGACCCUUUUCACCGCAAUUGCAGCAAUUUCCUCCUUCCUGGUCCAGCCCUUCAGCACUUUCCCCCCUCCUGCCCCAGACAGAUGGACCUCAUUAGCAGCUUGGUGGUUUGUUUUUUUUCCGAGAGAGACCAGGUGCUCUCGCUGUGCUCAGGGAAAGGGGGGGAAACACAAUGGAUGAGUGCAUGUUAAUUCUCUUGGCGAGUCUCGCACUCGUAACCCAAGCCUGCAAUUAACCUUCGCUGCUGCCCUGCUUGGAAACCCCACCUCCCACAAUUAGGGAGCGGCCCGUGGGAAGAACUUUUGCCGGGACGGGGGGAGCCAGGAUACCCUGCCAAAAGUCACCACCUGAUUUAUAGAGAAGUGGAAACUCUAGGUGUGUUUUUGGCCGAGGCUGGCGAUGACCGUAGCAAGUGGGAAGGAGUGGGAUGGUUGCUGGGCUGUGUGGAAAUCUGCAGAGAAGCUGAUGCCUAUUUAAAAAUCAUUUAACUGGAGUUUUACUGCUGAAAGAUUUUUUUUUAAAAAAACCCACAGACAUCCUAAGUUUCAUCCUUUCCUUCCACUUAGAUUUGGGGUUGUCACCACCUACAUUCUGCUCAGAGUUGAAACCGGUGGACCCAUUGUCUUCUGUGGGUCUUCUCAGUAAUGCUAUUAUCCCCAGAACUGGGUGUUCUCCUGUCAUCUGUUAUAUUGUCUGCCUCCUCCUCCGGAUUUAGUUCAAAGCUCUCCUGAUCACGUUUGCGAGACUCUUAGCAAGCACCUUAUUGCCAACCGCUGUGAGGUGCAAGCCCAUCUCUUGCCAGAACUCCUUCUUCAAGGAAGCGGAGACCACGAUCCAAGAAGCCAAGCCCUUCCUGACGACUUCCGGUAUUUCCCCCGCUCUUCCUGGGACACAGCCUUUGACAGGAAGGAGCGUUGGAAAGACCGCCUGCAUCCCAGGGCCCUUCAGUUACCUGCCCAGAGCCCCAUGGUCCCUUCCAACGCCUUGAAAGCUGUGUCUGGCAGUAUCGUUGGUGCCCACAUGAAUCAGGAGGACGGGGUUGUGGUCAGUGGGCUUUAUAAGGCUUGGCAACUUCUUUCUCUCAUUGUGAGAAGACAGCACACCUCCCGGGACAUCCUGUUCCCUCUGUACACGGCUGCCUCUGUCCCCUAUCCUCACCACAAAUCUCUUCCACAUGGUCUUCUGAGGUUGGCAACUUGCUGGCCCAGAAUCAGCAUCCAAGGUGAGGGCAUGGAAACGAUUUUGCAGCUCCGCUAACACAGCCUGGUUCCUGACAGUCCUGUUUCUGUAUGUCACACUCCUCCAGAGGUUCGUCUCCUGCAAUGAGCGAAGAACUUCCUUUUAUCUGUCUCAAAUCUUCCAACGUUCACCUUCAUUGGAUGCCCAUGAGUUCUGGUGUUGCAAUAGAUUAUUGCAGCCAGGCUAUCCGUCCCUGUCCAGGAGCAGCCGGAGGUGGCUAGACUCCCCAAAUAAGACAGCAAACCCAGUUUAUUGGGACAGGCAUCACAGAUAUGGUCCUUUUCAAUUAAUUUUUUCUAUUUAAAUGGAAGCUGGUGGUCUCUGGGUAAUUCAACACCAUGUGCUCUCCACCUGCACUUAUUGGUGGCAUCUUAGCUUCACACAGUGCAAUAAUAGAAUUGAAGAAUUGUAGAGUUGGAAGCGAUCCAAAGGGUCAUCUAGUCCAGCCCCCUGCGAUACAGGGAUCCUGGUUCGAUUUCUCACCCUUUUCUCUCCCUCCGUUCAGACCGAGAAGGAGCGUGCUCAGCUGAAGGAGACCUGCGACCGUCAGGCGGACCAGCUCAGCCGAACCAACCUCAAGCUCCAGGAGAAGACGUCUGAGAACGAGGCCGAGUUCAAGAACCUGAAGGAGACCAUCUUUGAGCUGGAAGACCAGGUGGAGCAACACCGGGCGCUCAAACUGCACGACAACCAGAUCAUCAGCGACUUGGAGAGUAGGUGGAACCAAGGGGGGGGGAGGAUUUAGGACAGUAUGUAGAGAGAAAUUGCAAGCAGGUUAUGGAGUUGGCAGGGAUUGCUUGAGAUUCCCGCCCUCCAAUAAAGAAAUAAUUUUCAAUUUAGUGCUGCCUAUUUGGGAAGGAAGCAGGGGGGAGGCACAGCAUGCCUUUCUCUCUCUGCAACAACAAGUGAAGGAUGUCGUCAGGCUGCUGUCGCAAGUGACAAAUAUCUGAUAAGAUGAAUGGGGGGGGCAGAAGCCUUUUGCAGGGGCAGAAACAGGGUCCAAAAAGAGCCGGUGGUGGUGUAGUGGUCAGAAUGUCAGACUAGGGCAACCAGGGUUUAAUUUCUCUCUUGGACAUGAAGCUCAGUGGGUGUGACUCUGGGCCAGUCACUGCACCUCUCAGCCCAGGCCUACCUCACAGGGUUGUUGCGGAGGGUUAUAAGAGGAGAGGGAGAACAAUGCACACGCCGUCUUGAGCUCAUUGGAGAAAAAUAGUAGGAUAUAAAGGCAAUAAAAUAAUAAGAUGAUAGCUGAAUUGGGGCCAGCCUGCAUGUGAGAUCGCCACCUGCUGGCGAAGCUGUUUUGCAAGCCAGGACAGAAGCAAAUUAUCUAGGUUAGGGCUACGAUCACUUAAUUGGGGAAUAAGCCCCACUGUAUACAGCAAGACUCAACUUUUGAGUAAAUGUAGGGUUAUGCUGCCAAAGGUGUUCUGGGCAUCAGCAAGUUUUUUAGUGUUUGGACUCUGAAGAAGGGUAUAACUGCAAGCCGUUUGGGGAGCAGAAAUCUAUGCCAGUGUGUGUUGAUUAUAUUGAGUUAAAUGGGCCAGGAGGUCUGGCUCGAGAUAAGGUCACUUCCCUGUGUUACCUUGGCAGUGUCUUCGGUGCCCUCCCUCUCUGUCCUAUCUCAGUAGACUCUUCCUACCUUCCCUGUUCCCAGGUAAUCUACUGAAAAUGGAAGUCCAGAAGACGGAUUUGGAAAGGCAGCUGAAGACCCUGAACAAGCAGAUGAAGGUGAGAAGGGAGCUUGGUGGCAGGACACCUGCCUUGCGUGCAGAAGGUUCCGAGUUCAGUCCUUGACACCAUCCCCAAGUGGGGCUGGGAAGGACCCCUCACUCAGAACCACGAGGUCUGGAAUCCCGACAGGUGUCCAUCCAAUCUCUGGUUAAAAGCCUCCAGCUUUAGAACACACUCAGGUGUCACCAAUACGGCUGUCGCAUUUCCGAAACUUAGCACUUGCUAAAAACACUUCUGUUUCAACAAGCCUGUCCAAACGAAAGUCAACGUAGUUUUAAUCUGUUUUAGCGUUUUAACUUUUGUAUGUUUUAAAGUCGGGCGGUGAAUUUGUCUCGAUUUUAAUGCUUUAUCUUUUUCAAACCCCUUUGAGGCUUUUUUAAAAAAAACAAGCGGUGUUUGAAUGUCAUUAAAUGAAUAAGUAGGAGGAGGGUCUCUGCCCGAAGGAGCUUACAAUCUAAGCCUGGGAAGAGGCUCCAAACCCGGGGGAGGGUGUCCUUCUGCAGCCUCCCUCCCACGCAAAGUGAGAGCGACUGCCUUGUUGUGCCGGCGUCCACGAGAACCGAUGCCAACCGCCCUCCGACCCCCCUGUGGUGCUGGCCGCUUUUGUCGGGCGAGUCUCAAACUCUUGUUUCCUCUCCUCUCCCCUCCCUCUUCCCCUCCGUCUCCAGGAGGACACGGCCGAGUGGCGCCGCUUCCAAGCCGACCUGCAGACGGCGGUGGUCGUGGCCAACGACAUCAAGUGCGAGGCCCAGCAGGAGCUGCGGACGGUGAAGCGUCGGCUGCUGGAGGAGGAGGAGAAGAGCGCCCGGCUGCAGAAGGAGCUGGAUGAGGCCCAGGGCGGGAGCACAAGGUGCGUGGGGCAUGGGGCCAGUGGCUCUUUGUAGGGGUCGCAGGCACCCAGGGAAGUUUGCACUCCCUUCGCUGUCCAUGCCUUCGCAUUCUUUCUCUGUGUGUCCCCUUUUCCAAGCAGGUUCCGUUGCAUUUCCUGUUUUAUUUUUGUAAGCAAAGAGCCUGUCUUCCGUGUAUCGCAUGUCAUCCGGGGCCCUUUGAGAAUCGCCUUUCCCUUUGGCCAACAACGCUCUGAAUUUACUUCAGUGAACAGUACCAGUUGGGGAUGUUCAGGGCAGCUUUUACUCACACAGAAUGAAGGUAGACUUCCCGGGCCUGUAAAUUACAUGAGCUUUGCUUUGCCCAUGCGCAGAAAUGAAGGGAUGCGGGUGGCGCUGAGGUCUGAAUCACUGAGCCUCUUGGUCUUGCUGAUCGGAAGGUCGGAGGUUCGAAUCCCUGCGACGGAGUGAGCUCCCGUUGCUCUGUCCCAGCAGUUCAAAAGCAUACCAGUGCAAGUAGAUAAAUAGGUACCGCUGCUGUGGCGGGAAGGUAAAUGGAGUUUCUGUGUGCUCUGGUUUCCGUCACGGUGUCCCGUUGUGCCAGAGGCUGUUUAGUCCUGCUGGCCACAUGAUCCGGAAAGCUGUCUGCGGACAAACGCCGGCUCCCUCGAUCUGAAAGUGAGAUGAGCGCCACAACCCCAUGGUCACCUUUGUCUGGACUUAACCAUCUAGGGGUACUUUACCUUUUUAGAAAUUAAGUCUCGUUCUCAUAGGGAAAAGCACAUCUGCCAAGGCUGGAUGCCUGCUUCGGCAGCAAGAACAGGGUGCCCGCUCUCUAUCAAACUGGCCCAAGGCUGAGUUUUUCCUGCACAAACACUCUGAGUAAGCAGAUUCUCCUAACAAUACCCUUCCACACUCCCUUUUUCUUCUCUUCACAUCCUUUUGCCUCCCAUGUGGCCAAGAGAAGGAAUGUAGAAAUUUCUGCUUUUAAUGAACCGCACUUCCCCGUGUCGUCCCAACCAGGAACUGUUUGUGAACUAUACAGGCAACUCCCCAUUUACAUGGGGCUGCCGGGAGCCUGGCAGUGGGACCCCGAAAUGAGGAGCACCCUGGAGAGUCCUGGCUCACGAGGAGACCCUCCCCAGAGCCCGAAGAGGGCUUUGUUGAGGCCUCUCAGCCUUCCUGCCCAGCAGCCGACAGGCAGGGUGGCACAUUGACCACUGCCACUUCCUCGCCCCUGAGCAGUCUCUGCAAAGCCCCGCUGCCUUUCUGGCUCACGAGGAGACCCUCCCUGGACCCCCAAAGAGGAAAUUCUCUUUGGGCUCUCGUGAGCCAGAGGCUUGUUGCGGCUGCUCAGCUGAUACGCAAAGAAAGGUUUCCCACCAAUCACUGUCCCUCCAGGUCGUUUCGUCUUGUUCCUUCUCAUGCGCCUCACACUAAACCGUGGUUUGACGGGCUCCACAGUCCAGAGGGUCUCACCCUGCUCAUGAUCCGGUCCCACUUGUUCCUCCCGUCCCGCAUACGCAAGCAAAAUGCCCGUCGUCAUGGCGACUGGGAUGCGUGCAAAAGUGAGCAAGGGUUUCCGGUAUACAAAACACCCUGAGGACGAACUUCCGUUUCCUGCAGGAACACAUUUUUUUAAGGUUGUUCAUUUGGUUAAUUUGAAGAGCGAACAGCAGCCGGGGGUCAGCAGAGGACCCUCUUGCUUUGCUGGUGUGAAGGGGAACUUGUUCCUAAGGGAACCCGUGGGGGGGGUGUCUCUGGUGAAGGUUUAUCUUCAGUUGAUCUGAAGGACAGGUUUAUCUUCAGUUCUCAGUGGCGCUCCCAACUGCGAUUUCUUGGUCACACCAGCACGUGGCAGAAUGUUGGCAACUGACGUUUUUUAGAGUGUGUGUGCGAAAGAGAGAGACUUACCUCUUUUCUACCUUGGGAGUCAGCUACAUUUCAUUCAAACAUGUUAUUGAGGUGGGGGGUGCGUUGCAAGGGGACCUGACAGGUGAGGUCUUUUCAGUAGCGGCUUGGCCUGAUUGGCUGCGUGGAACUUCCAGGAUCAGAGGCAGUCUAUCCUUGAUUGCAGGUUUCUGAAGAGCCCCCACAAAUGAGGGCUGCGGCCUUCAGCCCUUGUUUGCUGCAGUUGGUCUAGGCCAGGGUUUCUCAAACUUUGGUCCCCCACCUGUUGUGGGACCACAACUCCCGUCAUCCCUGACCACAGGUCCGGCUGGCUAGGGAUGAUGGGAGUUGUAGUCCAACCACAGCCGAUGACCCAAGUUUGAGAAACCCUGGCCUGGGCCUUUGGCCUGAUCCAGCAGGUCUUAGAGUCAUAGAAUUGCAGCGUUCAGAGGAACCCAAAGGGUCAUCGAAUCCAACCCCCUGCAAUGCAGGGGUCACUGCUAAGCAGAAAACCGCAGCUGCAAGCAAUCUGUUGCCCUUUCACACACGCACAGAUAUGCACACACAACGGAAAUGUGAUGUGUCUGUCCAUUGGAUGCACUCCUGUUCAGACCUGCUCCUUCUUCAGUGUUUCCAGGUCAGGAGAUGCAGACGGACUGUUUUUCCUGCUGGGUCCACAAUAUGGAAAACAUGAGAUGAGGAACUAUCUCUAAAAAUAACCCCUCAAGCCUCACCUGGUUCUCCCAAAGGGCGUGUUUUCUGUUGAAGGAGUCUCGCUUUAUCAACCUGCCUCUCUUGUCUGUUUCGCUUGGUGUUCUCCCCCUUUUCCCCGCCUUUGUCCAGCUUCCUUGUCGUAUCGCAAAUUCGAUUGCGCCGUGGAACCGCCAAGCAGCCAGCAGCGCCGAAACCACCCUGAUUCUGCUGACUUUUUUUAGUCCAUAACAUUAUUCAUUACGCGUUGCAGUGGGUCUGGCCCACCCCACAAACUUGUGGGGCAGAUCAGCCUACUGCAUCUCUGGGUGUGUGUUGGAGGGGGCAGUUAUUUGUCCUCCGCAGACAGCGAUACAGCGAGACCUCUUAAAGCCAAGGAAACGUCAGCUCUGCGGCCGGACUUGGCGGUGCAAAUUUGCAUAAUUUAUUUUGCACAAUUCGCAUAAUUAUGGAGUGAAGAGAGGUAUCAAGGUUCUGAACCUUCUUUCCUCUGACCCCCUUUGCGUGCUUUCAAGAAUAUUUCUGCCCAUCCAUAAGGACUAGUAGCUUGCUUUUUCUUUUUGUAAAAGAAAGUUGAGGUCCUCAGUCUACACAGCCUGUCCUGGCCCCCCAAAACUAGCCUCCAACACCUCAAGGGCAGUGGAGGACGCUGUCUUGCCACCAGCGUCAGGGUAAAACUGAGCUGCCUCUCCUGUCGGCCUCUCUGUGGGGGUGCCACCAUUGUGCCCUUCGCCUGCCCUUCCAGCUUGGAGUGCCUGUCCUUUGACUUCCUUCCGACUUCUUUCCCACAACAACACCAGCCCCCCUUUCUCUCCGCCACUUUUACUCUCACAUUCCCUUUCGUUCCCGGAGAGGAUACAGAGCGCAAACCCCCUGAGGUCUCCAAAGCACACCUGAACUGAAGGUAAGAGGUUCUCUGGCGGUGCAAAGGGCAAAAAACCCACCCCUCACGCCUGCUCCCAGCCCUAACAACCCUCUUCCUUCCCACAUUUGUUUUUGCUCUUUGCACAUGCCCCGAAGGCUGCAUUGUGCUUUGACAAUUUUAUUUCCAUUUGUUUGCUUCCGUGGCUUUUUUAACCUCCCUUUCUCUCUUCUAGAGUCCAGCUUUGCGCUCUGUCUGUGUACUAAGCCCCCUCGUCCGCUGGUGUCUCCCCCUCACGUCCCGUUCCGUGUGUGUCGCGGCUGUCCCAUCUUGCAGAGGCUUGAGAAGGCUGCCGGGCUCUCGCUUUUAACGGUCGCUCCCAAAAAUGGGGGGGCGGGGAGGGGAGCCCCCUUGUUUAACACCCCCCCCGUCUCCCUCUUGAUCACAGUUUCAGAGGAGCCUGCCUGGAGCAGAGAAGAGGUUUGUUUUGCAGGCGUGAUCGGGUUCAGCAGAGGUGUGGGUUAUGAUUUACUAUUAUUAAUUUAUUUAUCAUGUCACUUUCACCCGAAGGCCCAGGGGUGCCUUAAAAGAAAUUUAAAACAACUCGCAGCCAUACAAAUAAGGUGACACUUCACGUGUCAAUAGCCAGAGCAAAAGAGGCGUGUCUUCGGCAUUCCCCAAAGGCUGUGCAGUGAAGAGGCCAGGCACCACCUCUGUGGGGAAGGAGUUCCCCAGCUUGGGGGCCAUCCCAGAGAAGGCCUCGCUGAGGGUGGAGGAACUACCAUGAGCACCUUUCCCUCUGUCUGUAGGGAAAGAGGCUGUCUAUCAAGAUAUUUGGGGCCUGAGUCAUUUAGGCUUUUAAACACCAACGGAUAAUGGUACAAAAAAACUCUGGGCAGAGUCAAAGGACCUUAUUUUGGCAGGAGUCUUGACCAUUGUUGGAGGCGAUGAGAACCUUUCCAAGGAGGGCCGAGAAGCUGACGAUAAAAAAAUUGUUCGAAAUUCAGGGAGGGAGGUUGUGUGUAUUCUGUCUCAGCAAUCCAUACAACUACUCCUCCCUCAUGUGAAAAAUGGGUCUCAGGGCUGCCUUGCAAAGAUCAAAGUCCUUAGUCAACAGCAGCAAAUCGUUGCUCCCGUCUGCCUCUGAUUUCCCAUGAAUGGUCUGAAAAGGGGCUGUGGGAUGAAGACCACCCCCCUCCAGUUUGCAAGCACUUCCCAGCCUGGUCGCCUGGAGAAUGGUUCCCCUUGCCACAGGCGACUCCCAGUUCCCGUCAGGCAACAGGGUCAGGGACAAUGGGAGCUGGACGCGGAAUGCGUGGGCCUUCUGGACAUUGUUGGACUCCAGUUCCCAUCAUCCCUGACCACUGGGCAUGCUGGCUGGGGCUGGUGGAAGGAGGGAGUCCACUGGCAGCUCAUCCUGGAUGGAGGCAACGCUGCGUGAGCUUGAUGCUCCAGUGGCCUGGCUCAGUAUACAUUUCAGGUGUGGGGGGUUUCAAUUCAUCCAUUUUUUUAGACUCUGCCUCCUGUCAGCAUCCCUUAAAGCCCACCUUUGGUCUCCCUUUCUCUUUCCACAGAUCUCUGAUCCCAGUCAAUUAG